UCCUGUUGUCCUGAGGGAGACUUCCUGUGUGCGUCAGGCAAAUGUGUCCCCGGUGAUGAUGUCUGUGAUUUCAAGGACGACUGUGACGAUGGUUCCGAUGAGGAGUUCUGUGGUACGUCAAUCUGAAAUCCUCCUCCGAAUUCUCUGCAUACUCUUCAGCUCUAGAGAGGUAUCAUUCUCUCCUCUCUGUUCAACUCUUCUUUCUUCACGUUCAAAAUGGCCGACAGAGGCUGUGGGAACCAGUUGUUUCUUCCUUUGAUAAAAAAAAACACACCAUUCUGUCUAAUUGUUACGAACCCCGUGGCUUUAAAAGUCUAGGGUGGAUGGAAAAGAAACCCGUAACUUAACUCAUGCAAAUUAGAAUAUUGACAAGGAACAGUGAGAACAAAAAUACGACAACCAUAAGCUACCGUCAAACACAAAUGUUUAUUAUAAACACACGGUAAACAGUUUGGGGAAAAGGGGCUGAGCUGGACCCAAGGAUUGAAACAAAGUCAAAACCCCUAAACUGAUCUUGCCUGCCCCAAGAACUGCUAAGCUUACUGCUAACCGUACAAAAAUACAGUGGGUGGUCCGAUCAGGUCUAACUAGUGUGUUUAGACAAGGUUUUCCUACGGGUAGUGUAUGCCCAAGGGCGACUUGCUAAACCCCCCUUUUCCCCAGGCACAAACAAACAACAUAGGUACAAUAUGGACUAAACAGCAAAGGAGUGAGUACACAAAAACAAGACACCACAGUAUACAUACUCACAACAAAAAAGAGUAUUGGUCAGAAAACACAACUCACUGGGUUUUUAAAACCAGGGGAUGUGUGAUAUGGUAAUGAAAACCAGAAACAGGUGGUGCAAUACGGAGGAGUGUCCACUGAUUGGUCCACCUCAGCAAUCAGCAGACGAACGGAUGUCGGACAGGUGGGACACACCAACGACCACCAAUCAAGAAAACACGGGACACCUGUGAUUAGGGCAGAAGGAGAGGAAAAACAAAUACACAUACAGGAUACCUAUAUCCGUAACACUCCCACCCUUAAAAGAGCAAACCAACAAUGGUUUGCGACUCAAGUACUAUUACAACACAAAACAAAUUCAAAGAGCAAAGGCAUCCUCACGGGAUAAAAAAUAAAUCCUAUAUCUCUAAAUACGAGACAAAGCAUCUGCCAUCACAUUAUCCGAACCCUUUUUAUUUUACUUUAUAAUUUUGCACAACAAGUGCCCAAUGCAUAAGGCGUUUGUUCUGGUUGUACAUACGGUGGAGAAAAACUAAGGGGUUAUGGUCAGUACACUAUCACUGGUAGUGCACUGGAACCAACAUAGACUUUGAACUACUGCAGAGCUAACAACAAAGCUAGAGCUUCUUGUUCAAUGGUUGAAUAGUUAGUUUGACAUUUGUUAAAUUUCCACGAAAAAUAACAGACAGGAUGGUCCACUCCACUCUGGUCCGGCUGCAGUAGAACAGCACCAGCCUAGUUGUCAUAGUGCCGUUUCAUACGUCUCUGUGAGGAAGACAGCCAACAUGGGAUACCUGUAUCCUUAACACUAAUAAUCAAAUACUUUCUAUCCCUUUAGAUUUAGUCUUAGUGUUUCUCUAGCGCAUCAUAUUCAUUAGGGCACACCGUAGCAAAGCGCUUUUCAAUAACAAUAAAUAAAACAACAAGUGUUUCUAUUGGACAAGUUCAGGUAGUCCAUCCCUGUUUCCGCCUGUUUUCUUCUGUUUGGUGCUUAAUGAAUAUGACCCUGGUGUCCCCUCUCAGGGUCUUGUGAUUUUGAGCGCCACUCCUGUGGAUGGAACGACAGCAGUGUGGGAGUGUACCGCUGGAGUCUGGAGAUGGCUAACAUCAGCCUGAUACCUGGACAGGACCACACCACGGGAUCACCCUGGGGUAUAUGUCUCAAUACACUCACACACACUAAGAUCAUCUUAACCCCAUUGAAACUAAAUGGACGAAAGAUGAUCUUAGUGCUACGUUGCUUUUGGGAAACCCAGCCCUAGUGAUUAGAAUGGUCACAUAGCUCCAUUGUUAUGACUGCUGUCUUGUCCUUGUGCAUAUUUGUACAGUAUCUGUGCUGCCUGGUUGAUGUGUGUGUUUAUGUGUCCCAGGUCAUGUUAUGCAUGUGGAAGGAGACUCAGCAACACACUUUGUCAGGGCCGUGUUGGAGCAUUCCGUUGACAAACCAAUGGCUUUGGGAUGCCAGAUAAGGUAAGGAGAAAUGUCGUACUAGUCAGUGUUUCCCUUUGAUUUAUGGCACAGAUGUCUUAAUCAUUGCGUAACAAAAAGAGAAGGAGGGAGAGAUAGUGAGGUAGUAAAGUCAUAGUUUUUCAUCUGGGAAUAAGUUUGUUUUGUGUCUUCUUAAGUCUUUAAUAACCUGAUGGUGUAUUGAAACAGCUUUUUACUAUAAUACAAACAAAUGCUUUUCAAUGUGGUAGCUAGAGCUAAUUUACUAUGAUAUCAAGAAAGAGUUUAGACUUUUGUUUGUGGGUUCUUAGCCAGAUGCAAUCAGAGGUAAUUGGCCUUAGCCAUUACACCUUAACCAUUACACUAAGAGGUCCAAGCCUCUUGUUGUACUAAGGAUGCUGUGAUAUUUUCAGCUUCUGGUACCACCUCUAUAAUGACAUUAGUGCAUCCUCUCGGAUGUAUCUGAAGAUGAUCAGAAACACUUUGAGCACAGAAUUACUGCAGAUCUACAAGCCACAGCAGACUAAAGGAUGGGAGAAUGCUACGGCCUUCAUCGGUAAUCAACCAGGAGGUUUCAAGGUUGGCAUUGGAAACACACACACACACACACACACACACACACACUCAUACUCGUGCAUGCACACUCUUUCUCUCUCACUCACUCGCUCUCUGUCUCUGUCUUUGUCUCUCUCUCUUUCUCUCCCCUUAGCUGGAGUUUUCUGUGAACCCCUCAUCCAUUGGAGCUCGGGAUAUCAUGCUGGAUGAUAUCAGCUUUGAGAGCUGUGGGGAGGGGGAAAUACCUGCAGGCUCCCAACUCCUCACCUGUGACUUUGAGAAGGACACCUGUGCCUGGUAAUGAUAAUAACAAUAACAACCAUAAUGAGAAUCAAUUUAAUCUCCAAUCCUCAUUCUCAUCAUCAUACUCAUCAUCAUCAUCAUCAUCAUCAUCAUCCUUAAGCUAACAUUAUUCCUGGUUAUGUUUAAAGGUACCCAGACCACACUGUUUCCCUCCUGUGGAAAAGAGCAAGCGGAAUAGACCACACUACUGGCACUGGUAAAUCAAGUGUUUGCUAAACCACAAACUAGAUGGAGAGAUGGAAGGAGAGGUGUUUUAGUCAGGAAAUAUAAACAGGAUUAUUCUCUAGAUGUGUGUUUUGUUUAUUUGAUUUUGUAUGUAUUGGAUAUUGUCUACACUACAUAUACAAAAGUAUGUGGAAACCCCUUCGAAUUAGUGUAUUUGGCUAUUUCAGCUACACCCGUGUAUAAAAUCGAGCACACCGCCAUGCAAUCUCCAUAGACAAACAUUGGCAGUAGAAUGGCCUUACUGAAGAGCUCAGUGACUUUCAACGUGGCACCGUCAUAGGAUGCCACCUUUCCAACAAGUCAGUUCGUCAAAUUUCUGCCCUGCUAGAGCUGCCCCGGUCAACUGUAAAUGCUGUUAUUGUGAAGUGGAAACGUCUAGGAGCAACAACGGCUCAGCCGCAAAGUGGUUGGCCACACAAGCUCACAGAACGGGACCGCCGAGUGCUGAAACGCAUAGUGCAUAAAAAUAAUCUGUCCUCGGUUGCAACACUCACUACCAAGUUCCAAACUGCCUCUGGAAGCAACAUCAGCACAAGAACUGUUAGGCUUUCCAUGGCCGAGUAGCCGCACACAAGCCUAAGAUCACCAUGCACAAUGCCAAGCGUCGGCUGGAGUGGUGUAAAGCUCACCGCAUUUGGACUCUGGAGCAGUGGAAAAGCGUCCUCUAGAGUGAUGAAUCACGCUUCACCAUCUGGCAGUCCGACGGACGAAUCUGGGUUUGGCGGAUGCCAGGUGAACGCUACCUGCCCCAAUGCAUAGUGCCAACUGUAAAGUUUGGUGGAGGAGGAAUAAUAGUCUGGGGCUGUUUUUCAUGGUUCAGGCUUGUUAGUUCCAGUGAAGGGAAAUCUUAACGCUACAGCGUACAAUGACAUUCUAGACGAUUCUGUGUUUCCAACUUUGUGGCAACAGUUUGGGGAAGGCCCUUUCUUGUUUCAGAAUGACAAUGCCCCAGUGCACAAAGUGAGAUCCAUACAGAAAUGGUUUGUCGAGAUCGGUGUGGAAGAACUUGAUUGGCCUGCACAGAGCCCUGACCUCAACCCUAUCGAACACCUUUGGGAUGAAUUGGAACGCCGACUGCGAGCCAGGCCUAAUCGCCCAACAUCAGUGUCCGACUUCACUAAUGCUCUUGUGGCUGAAUGGAAGCAAGUCCCCGCAGCAAUGUCCCAACAUCUAGUGGAAAGUCUUCCCAGAAGAGUGGAGGCUGUUGUAGCAGCAAACGGGCGACCAACUCCAUAUUAAUGCCCAUGAUUUUGGAAUGAGAUGUUUGACGAGCAGGUGUCCACAUACUUUUGGUCAUGUAGUGUAUGUUUCUGUAGAUUACAUUUCACAUUGUAAUCAGAAACUAGGUUUCCAUCCAAUUGCAGACAGAUUUUCAUGCAAAUAUUGUAAUACCUGCAUAAAAACAAUAUGUGCAUUUUUCCAUCAAAUUGACUUGUUGCGGAUUAAAUGCUGUGCGUGAUGACGUAGUGCACAUAAAAUAACUUUCGCGAUUAAAUUCCCAUUUACCGAAUUAAAAAAAUACACGUUAAUUGGGGUUCCAUUGCAUUUUCAACUCUAAAGAUGGUUUUGUCGCAAAAAUUGUGCCCAAUCUGGUUUUGGCACGUGCGCUCUGGCCAACAGCUUGGAUACAGUGCUGGUAGGCUAGUCUAUUAUUAUGGACUAGAGCGAGAAUAUUUUUAUUUGUCAAAUGGCAGCCAAGCGUCGAUCAUCAUGUCACCAGAAUAAGACCCUCAAUAUUUAUUGGAAAGGAGCAUCAAUUUCAUCACCCUGUGAAGUUCAUAAUAAUGUAUUUAAUCUGAAGUCUAAUAAACUGCAUGCUUUCCCGAGUCGUAGUGGGAAGACCACACAACAUGCAGCAUCAUAGCGUGACGCCAUGUUUACUUCGAUAUGAUGGUUAUUAUAUCAAUAUGUCUGCAUAAAUGCGUUACCACCGCCAUUGCUCGCAUAAUUAAUUUUACUGAAACAAAAAGAUCCCACCUUGCCUAGAAAAUGAGUUUUUUCGACAUUUGGAAAAUUUACCAAAACAUUUGUUGUUUCUAUCAGGACUGUCGUUUAAUUUUGUAUCCAUACUUUACUCGCAUAAAAAGGUUGGAUGAAAACCUGGUUAGAGUACAAGAUCGUUCUCAACCGUGUGUGUGUGUGUGUGCGUGUGUGCGUGUGUGCAUGUGCAUCCAUGUGCUUGCAUUACCAGGUUAUUUCAUGUCCAUUAACGCCACCAGUCAACUGGACCCCUCAUCAACAGCCAGACUCAUCAGCUACCCUCAGCCAGCAGGCACAGUCAUCUGUGUUAGCUUCUGGUAUCGCAUAUACGGCAGUGAUAUUGGUAAGAUGUUUUUUUAGGCGGCACUGAUAGCCAAAUUCAAUAUCUUUGAUUUAAUUAUUUGUGAAAGACCAUUUUUGUAUUUUUUCGUUCCCAAUAAAGAUACAAUUGAAUUGAAAACAGACCAAAUGGUGCCUAUUGUCACAGUUGAACAGACAUGACCCUUAUCUGGUUCUCCUCCAGGCUCAGUGAGGUUCCUCACCAAGUCAGCCAGAGAGCCAGAGACUGUUGUGUGGAUGAGACAUGGGACUCAGGGGAACAAAUGGCGCUUUACAGACCUCACCUUCACCACUGACACCCAACUACAGGUACGUACAGUAUGUCGGAUCUUAAUUUGACCCCUUUCGUCGCAGGAGGAUUAUAAUCCUGCAGCAGGAUUUGAAUUAAUAUUUAAUAUUUAGAAUUGCCGCCCUGGGGCAGCUGGAAGCGGUGUAGGCUAUCCAUUGAAGCAUCCAGCCCAAACUGAGAGGUUUAAAAAAUACUUUCUUAGUCACCAAAGUACCAUGUCUUUAAACAUUUGGUUUCCAGGGGGGCAGUGCGGGCCAUGAGGAAGGCCAAAAAGUGUCUCACUCCCUGGGUCAGAAAGCUCAUAAUUAGCUGGGUCAUCGCAAGCACCAGCACCAGUGUAGAUACUACCAUGACCUGGUAGUAUAUGAGGAGCUGUAGGUCACGGGGGCAUUUGCCAAAGUCGUAGGAGAAAGCAGUUUAGGGACAGGGACUGCGCGUCAAACUAAUUGCCAAAUGUAUCCAAAGAGAUGAAUUAAUGAAUUAUCUGAAUUAAUGAAUACAAUGAGGAGCAGGUUACAACAUUCUGGAACACGUGAUGUUAUAAUCAGAUUCUUCUAUUACAUCAUGUUGGGUCCAUAUCUUGUGUAUGUUUGACAGUGAACAGUAAACCCAAUUCACUUUUACAAAGCACAGCUAGCCAACUAGUAGUUUGACUUGUAAUUUGUACUGCCUACUUUUGAAAGACGAUUUCUUUAAUCAAAAUGGCACAGCUCUCCCAGAAGGGUGGGCUGUGCAACAUGAAGAUGUUAUUGUUGGCUGUUAUUUUCUGUCUCCUUUCGCCUGUUGCUGCAAAUGUGUUGGUGUCUUCAGAGCACAAGACUUUGAUGCCAGUGAAGGACCACCCUAUUCUGAACAACCCUGAUGCUACAAAAGAACAAGUUGAUAGUUUACGGGUGAAAGACUAUUCUUCUCCAGGUAAUGUGGGCCAGUUGACAAAAGGAUAUUCCUCAAAAAAUGUCAAAGACCCCCCGGACUUUGAAGAGCCCCUGAUUUCUGUUCCAGAGCACAAGCCGUUGAUGCCAGUGAAGGACCACUCUGUUCAGAACAACCCUGAUGCUACAAAAGAGACCAAUUUUAAGUCAUUGCUGGAACAACUUGAGAGUUUACGAGUGAAAGACGAUUCUUCUCCAGGUAACGUGGGCCAGUCGACAAAAGGAUAUUCCUCAAAAAAUGUCAAAGACCCCCCGGACUUUGUAGAGUCCCUGCACCUGAUUUCUGUUCCAGAGCACAAGCCGUUGAUGCCAGUGAAGGACCACUCUGUUCAGAACAACCAUGAUGCUACAAAAGAGACCAAUUUUAAGUCAUUGCUGGAACAACUUGAGAGUUUACGGGUGAAAGACGAUUCUUCUCCAGGUAACGUGGGCCAGUUGACAAAAGGAUAUUCCUCAAAAAAUUCUAAAGAGCCCUCGGAGCUUGUAGAGCCCCUGAUUUCUGUUCCAGAGCACAGGCCUUUGAUGCCAGUGAAGGACCACCCUGUUCAGGACAUCCCCAAUGUUGCAAAAUUGACCAAAAUGGUGCAAGUGGACCAGAUGCUGGAACAACUUCAGAGGAUGAAAGAUGAUACUUUCCCAGGUAAAGCUAAAGUCCCACAGAUGAUUGUGGAGAAACGUAUUCCUUAUCUACAGGCUUACAAGCAAAAAGCAUUGCAAGGUGACAACAACGUCUUCAAAGAAAAUCUUCAGGCUCCAGCUCCAAAAGCUCAGAAGAGCACCCUGAAGAUCAAACCCAGAGUCAACAUAUUGACUGACCCUUCUUACUCCGAGCCACUUGUGAAGGUGAACCUGAUUUUGGGGCUUGUUUUCUAUGGCUUCAUCGUAAUAGUGGUUCUCUAUGAUGCUGUGAGAAUCUCCAAGGAGGCUAGAAGGCGAUCUGAUGCUAUUGCCACUGCCAGGUUGAAGAAAAGGGAACCAGCCACCGCUGAACCACAGACACUGGCAUCCAGAGUUCGGGAGAGCAUCUCGUCACGGUUUGGUUUGAAACAAGCAUCAUCCACACCACAGUGUGCCCCCAUUUCUGACGAUUCUGCAAAAGAGUUGCAGAAGUCAAAGGAGUUCAUCUCCACUAAGGACAAAUCUGAGUCGGAAAAGAGACCUGGAAAGAGUGCUGUCAGCCUGAGAGAGUGUGAGCCGCCUCUGCCUAGCAUCCCAGAUAACUUCCUUGUGCCUGACUCUGAGCCUGCCAUCCAGGUGGCAUUGAACCCAUUCGACACCAAGCUAGCCAAAGUUGUAUCUGACAAUGCUGAGGCAUCCAACUACGAGGCAACCGAGAAGCCCUGCUACACACAGUCUGGGCUCACUGAGGUUUGUGUCAAUUAAGACUGAGGACUACUUCUUAAACCAAGUGAUAUUGAAUAAAAGCUGCAGAUAUUACAUCUCCAAAUGAGAUCACAUGGAGACUGUCACCUUUGAAGACUUCCAUUUUCUGUUUGUAAUUUAAUUUCUUUAGAAUAGUAAUAAAAAUAUAUUGCAUUUAAAACAUAUGUUUCAAGUUAUUUUUGGGGUAUUUUGAUUUGUUGUUGUACUGUUGUGUUGUAAAUGCAAUAGGCAACAUUAUUUAAUUGAUAAAAUAAUAUAUUUUUCAGAGAAAAAAAAUAGUUAAACAUUAAAGAGAUUCUUCUGUACUUUUGUAUACUUUUUUGCCAGUAGUUCUGAAAGUAGCACUCACGAGCCAAAAGUGUUCCCAGAGAAUUGCGUACUACGUCACAUAUGUGCAGAUACAGUGCCUUCAGAAUGUAUUCAUACCCCUUGACUUAAUCCACAUUUUGUUGUGUUACAGCCUGAAUUCAAAAUGGAUUAAAUAGAUUUUUUCUCACCCAUCUACACAACAUACAGAAAUAUCUAAUUUGCAUAAGUAUUCACACCCCUGAGUCAAUACAUGUUAUAAUCACCUUUGGCAGCAAUUACAGGUGUGAGUCUUUCUAGGUAAGCCUCUACAAUAACUUAGACUGCAGGUUCCCUUGGCGAUCCAGUGGUUACAGCCGCUGACCCGGCACACAUAUACCAGAGUGGGCAUGGGUUUUAAUCAAUAAUGUAUAUAAAUCCUGGAUUGCUGAUGCUAUGUAUUGGCACUCCCCAGUAGGAGCAGUGCUCCAUAGGAAUAAAUGGUAUUUCACUAAACAUGUUCAAGGACAAAGUUACAUGUAUUUAAGUACUUUUCUGUUGUAGUGGGGACAGUAACAUUAGUAAUCUCUAAAAAUUAUAUUUUAAGGAAAGAAAAUGCAUAUAUUCUUUCAUUUUUUAUUUUAAUGUUUAGCUCACAUAAUAUAAUUUAAAACUAUGCAUUAAGGUGUCUGUAAUAGAAUAAAUGUGGCAAAAACGAAUGUAUACAUUAAUAAUAAAUGCAUUUCUAUAGCUUCCCAAAAAAUGUUUUACAUGUUGAGGGAGUGCCAAGAUGGAGGUGCGGCGGCUUCAGCACAGCACUCCUAUAAAUCAUCUAGUGUAUAUAUAAAUCAAAUCAAAUCAAAUUGUAUUUGUCACAUACACGUGUUUAGCAGAUGUUAUUGCGGGUGUAGCGAAAUGCUUGUGCUUCUAGCUACGACAGUGCAGUAAUAUCUAACAAGUAAUAUCUAACAAUUUCACAACAUAUACCCAAUACACACAAAACAAGUAAGGAAUGGGAUUUAAGAAUAUAUACAGUGAGGGAAAAAAGUAUUUGAUCCCCUGCUGAUUUUGUACGUUUGCCCACUGACAAAGACAUGAUCAGUCUAUAAUUUUAAUGGUAGGUUUAUUUGAACAGUGAGAGACAGAAAAACAACAAAAAAAUCCAGAAAAACGCAUGUCAAAAAUGUUAUAAAUUGAUUUGCAUUUUAAUGAGGGAAAUACGUAUUUGACCCCUCUGCAAAACAUGACUUAGUACUUGGUGGCAAAACCCUUGUUGGCAAUCACAGAGGUCAGACGUUUCUUGUAGUUGGCCACCAGGUUUGCACACAUCUCAGGAGGGAUUUUGUCCCACUCCUCUUUGCAGAUCUUCUCCAAGUCAUUAAGGUUUCGAGGCUGACGUUUGGCAACUCGAACCUUCAGCUCCCUCCACAGAUUUUCUAUGGGAUUAAGGUCAGGAGCCUGGCUAGGCCACUCCAGCAACUUAAUGUGCUUCUUCUUGAGCCACUCCUUUGUUGCCUUGGACGUGUGUUUUGGGUCAUUGUCAUGCUGGAAUACCCAUCUACGACCCAUUUUCAAUGCCCUGGCUGAGGGAAGGAGGUUCUCACCCAAGAUUUGACGGUACAUGGCCCCGUCCAUCGUCCCUUUGAUGCGGUGAAGUUGUCCUGUCCCCUUAGCAGAAAAACACCCCCAAAGCAUAAUGUUUGCACCUCCAUGUUUGACGGUGGGGAUGGUGUUCUUGGGGUCAUAGGCAGCAUUCUUCCUCCUCCAAACACGGCGAGUUGAGUUGAUCCCAAAGAGCUCGAUUUUGGUCUCAUCUGACCACAACACUUUCACCCAGUUCUCCUCUGAAUCAUUCAGAUGUUCAUUGGCAAACAUCAGACGGGCCUGUAUAUGUGCUUUCUUGAGCAGGGGGAACUUGCGGGCGCUGCAGGAUUUCAGUCCUUCACGGCGUAGUGUGUUACCAAUUGUUUUCUUGGUGACUAUGGUCCCAGCUGCCUUGAGAUCAUUGACAAGAUCCUCCCGUGUAGUUCUGGGCUGAUUCCUCACCGUUCUCAUGAUCAUUGCAACUCCACGAGGUGAGAUCUUGCAUGGAGCCCCAGGCCGAGGGAGAUUGACAGUUAUUUUGUGUUUCUUCCAUUUGCGAAUAAUCGCACCAACUGUUGUCACCUUCUCACCAAGCUGCUUGGCGAUGGUCUUGUAGCCCAUUCCAGCCUUGUGUAGGUCUACAAUCUUGUCCCUGACAUCCUUGGAGAGCUCUUUGGUCUUGGCCAUGGUGGAGAGUUUGGAAUCUGAUUGAUUGAUUGCUUCUGUGGACAGGUGUCUUUUAUACAGGUAACAAACUGAGAUUAGGAGCACUCCCUUUAAGAGUGUGCCCCUAAUCUCAGCUCAUUACCUGUAUAAAAGACACCUGGGAGCCAGAAAUCUUUCUGAUUGAGAGGGGGUCAAAUACUUAUUUCCCUAAUUAAAAUGCUAAUCAAUUUAUAAUAUUUUUGACAUGCGUUUUUCUGGAUUUUUUUGGUUGUUAUUCUGUCUCUCACUGUUCAAAUAAACCUACCAUUAAAAUUAUAGACUGAUCAUGUCUUUGUCAGUGGGCAAACGUACAAAAUGAGCAGGGGAUCAAAUACUUUUUCCCCUCACUGUACAUACAGUGGGGAGAACAAGUAUUUGAUACACUGCCGAUUUUGCAGGUUUUCCUACUUACAAAGCAUGUAGAGGUCUGUAAUUUUUAUCACAGGUACACUUCAACUGUGAGAGAUGGAAUCUAAAACAAAAAUCCAGAAAAUCACAUUGUAUGAUUUUUAAGUUAUUAAUUUGCAUUUUAUUGCAUGACAUAAGUAUUUGAUCACCUACCAACCAGUAAGAAUUCCGGCUCUCACAGACCUGUUAGUUUUUGUUUAAGAAGCCCUCCUGUUCUCCACUCAUUACCUGUAUUAACUGCACCUGUUUGAACUCGUUACCUGUAUAUAAGAUACCUGUCCACACACUCAAUCAAACAGACUCCAACCUCUCCACAAUGGCCAAGACCAGAGAGCUGUGUAACGUCAUCAGGGAUAAAAUUGUAGACCUGCACAAGGCUGGGAUGGGCUACAGGACAAUAGGCAAGCAGCUUGGUGAGAAGGCAACAAUUGUUGGUGCAAUUAUUAGAAAAUGGAAGAAGUUCAAGAUGACGGUCAGUCACCCUCGGUCUGGGGCUCCAUGCAAGAUCUCACCUCGUGGGGCAUCAAUGAUCAUGAGGAAGGUGGAGGGAUCAGCCCAGAACUACACGGCAGGACCUGGUCAAUGACCUGAAGAGAGCUGGGACCACAGUCUCAAAGAAAACCAUUAGUAACACACUACACCAUCAUGGAUUAAAAUCCUGCAGCACACGCAAGGUCCCCCUCCUCAAGCCAGUGCAUGUCCAGGCCCGUCUGAAGUUUGCCAAUGACCUUCUGGAUGAUCCAGAGGAGGAAUGGGAGAAGGUCAUGUGGUCUGAUGAGACAAAAAUAGAGCUUUUUGGUCUAAACUCCACUCGCCGUGUUUGGAGGAAGAAGAAGGAUGAGUACAACCCCAAGAACACCAUCCCAACCGUGAAGCAUGGAAGUGGAAACAAUUCUUUGGGGAUGCUUUUCUGCAAAGGGGACAGGACGACUGCACCGUAUUGAGAGGAGGAUGGAUGGGGCCAUGUAUCGCGAGAUCUUGGCCAACAACCUCUUUUCCUCAGUAAGAGCAUUGAAGAUGGGUCGUGGGUCAGUCCCGAAACCUGAAGGAUCUGGAGAAGGUCUGUAUGGAGGAGUGGGCCAAAAUCCCUGCUGCAGUGUGUGCAAACCUGGUCAAGACCUAUAGGAAACGUAUGAUCUCUGUAAUUGCAAACAAAUGUUUCUGUACCAAAUAUUAAGUUCUGCUUUUCUGAUGUAUCAAAUACUUAUGUCAUGCAAUAAAAUGCAAAUAAAUUACUUUAAAAGUCAUACAAUGUGAUUUUCUGGAUGUAUGUUUUAGAUUCCGUCUCUCGCAGUUGAAUUGUACCUAUGAUAAACAUUACAGACCUCUACAUGCUUUGUAAGUAGGAAAACCUGCAAAAUCGGCAGUGUAUCAAAUACUUGUUCUCCCCACUGUAUAUAGACAAGCAAUUACAGAGCGGCAUGGACUAAGAUAGUAGAUUAUUAUAGAAUAGGCCCCGUGUAGCUCAGUUGGUUGAGCAUGGCGCUUGCAAUACCAGGGUUGUGGGUUCGAUUCCCACGGGGGCCAGUAUGAAAAUGUAUGCACUCACUAACUGUAAAGUCGCUCUGGAUAAGAGCGUCUGCUAAAUGACUCAAAUGUAAAUGCAGUAUAUACAUAUGAGAUGAGUAGUGCAAGAUAUGUAAACAUUAUUAAAGUGACUAAUGUUCCAUUUCUUAAAAUGGCCACUGAUUUCAAUAGGCAGCAGCAGCCUCUAAUGUGCUAGUGAUGGCUAUUUAACAGUCUGAUGGCCUUGAGAUAGAAGCUGUUUUUCAUUCUCAGCUUUGAUGCCCCUGUACUGACCUCGCCUUCUGGAUGAUAGCGGGGUGAACAGGCAGUGGCUCAGGUGGUUGAUGUCCUUGAUGAUCUUUUUGGCCUUCCUGUGACAUCGGGUGCUGUAUGUGUCUUGGAGGGCGGGUAGUUUGCCCCCGGUAAUGCGUUCGGCAGACCGCACCACCCUCUGGAGAGCCCUGCGGUUGUGGGCAGUGCAGUUGCCAUACCAGGCGGUGAUACAGCCCGACAGGAUGCUCUCAAUUGUGCAUCUGUAAAAGUUUGUGAGGGUUUUAGGUGCUAAGCCGAAAUUCUUCAGCCUUCUGAGGUUGAAGAGGCUCUGUUGCGCUUUCUUCACCACACUGUCUGCGUGGGUGGAACAUUUCAGUUUGUCGGUGAUGUGUACGCCAAGGAACUUGAAGCUUUUCACCUUCUCUACUGCGGUCCCGUCGAUGUGGAUGGGGGGGUACACCCUCUGCUGUUUCCUGAAGUCCACGAUCAUCUCCUUUGUUUUGUUGAUGUUGAGUGAGAGGUUAUAUUUUCCUGGCACCACACUCCCAGAGCCCUCACCUCCUCCCUGUAGGCGGUCUCGUCGUUGUUGUUAAUCAAUCCUACUACUGUUGUGUCGUCUGCAAACUUGAUGAUUGAGUUGGAGGUGUGCUUGGCCACGCAGUCAUUUCGUAGCCUAGUGGAGACCAAUAUCUAUCUUGUGUUAUUAAGCUACUGUAUAUAAAACAACGGUUGUUGAUGUAUAUGGUUGCAUUUCAGAUACAUUUUUGUAAAUGUUAAUGUUGCAGUAAUAGGUCCUAGGCCUAGCGUUUGAGCGCGCGAGAGAGAAUAUUAUUUUGAUAGCAGGUCUGAUCCCAAUGACUCGACUGCCCCCGCAUGGAUAGAAAGAGAACUGCUCAUUUUCAACGAAUCAGAAGGCUCAUUUGAAUUUCCUGAUCCAGCAGGAAAAUUAUCCACGACAAAAGAGUGAUCAAGUUAAGAUCCGACAUCUGUACACUCACUACCUGUUCCACUUCCACUGUUACAGCUGGUUAUACAUCAUAUAUAGCAUACCUCAUGUGUAGCAUAUUCUCCUAUACUGAAACAAUCAGGAAGAGUUGUGUGGUGUACAUCAAGUUUGUUAGCAGGAUUGCGGUACACAAACACGCUUUACAACAUUUGUAAAUUUCUAUACAUUUUGACCAUAUACCAUCUGUAUUUUUCAAUGUAUUGUCUUGUAUUUUGACCACAGAGCAUGUGUAUUUUUCAGUUCAUAUUGGAGGCUGUGGUGGGUGGUAAGAAGGGUAGCAUUGUCAUAGACGACGUGGUAGUGCACAGCAGCAACAGCAGCAGCAGUGUGAAUGGCUUCUGUCCGGCUGAGAGAGAGUGCACCUUCCAGGGGUCCCUGUGUGGCCUGCAGGGGGAGAUGUCUGGAGACUUCACCUGGAACAGAACCACCGGGGCCCUGGGGGCCAACACCUCCAGCCCAGCGCAGGAUCACACUCUGGGUACUGAACUGGGUGAGAGAGACACACACGUACGCACGCAGGCACUCGUACCCACACACACGCACACGCACACACUCAUCCUGUAUAUGAUGGUGUGUUUUUGCUCAGGAUACUACCUGAGUGCCCAGCUGUGGAACCACCCUGUGGGUAGCAGGGGGCGUAUGAUGACUGGGGUGAACGAGGCCACCCCUCACAGUGGAGAGUGCUGGAUGUUUUGGUACCACAUGGAGGGCAGGGCCUCAGGGGAGCUCAACAUCUACCUGCAGCCCUUUCGAGGCUCCAGGACCCAGACUCUACUGUGGAGCAGGACUGGAGACCAGGGAGAUCACUGGAGACACGGCCGAACUACGGUCCUCAGCCCUGAUACACCUUACCAGGUACAUGCAGACACUGCUGGCACUGGUACUGCUUUUACUGCUGCUACUACUACUACUACUACUGCUACUAAUACUAUUAGUAAUACUACUACUACUACUGCUGCUACUACUACUACUGCUGCUACUACUUCUACUGCUACUACUACUACUACUGCUGCUACUACUACUACUACUACUACUACUACUACUACUACUACUACUACUACUACUACUAAUAAUACCGCUAUUACUACUACUACUACUACUACUAUUACCAGGGUUGGGUAGUAACGGAUUAUAUGUAAUGGAGAUUAAGUAAUCCAAUUACAAAAAUGAAUUAACUGUAAUCAGCCCGGAUGACUUUAAAAAAUGUUUCAUCGGGAUUACAGUUACAUUCUUAAAACCAGCUAAUUACAUUUAGGAAUACUUCAUCUAAUAUCAAUAGGAACAUUUGAUAACACUUCUUCAGCACUGCUGUAAUUUUGUGUACCCUCAAGACUUUUCACAUGCCCUCAACUCGGCAAGAUUCUAUUGUCCUGCUGAUCGCCCAUCAAGGGCUCAUGGCUUAUUUUCUAUUCCAAUUGAUUGAAUCAAUAGGUAAGGCUACCAAACCAUUUACAACAGGCCCACUGGUCAAUCAGAAAGUUGUCUGGACUCUAAAGAGUUGCUGCUUUGUAGUGUAUUUACAGCUCACUUUCACUCUGUCUCUGAGUAGCUGGAAAGAAAAUGCUUUCUAAUUGCGCAACAUUUCAAACCGCGAAUUCUAGAACCCUAUUUAGAAUUGUAGGCUUAUUGUCCAACCCAAAUUUUAUGACAAUCACUGGUUAAGGUUGCACAUCAAAGUAUUUUGAAUCAUGCAUUCCUGCUUGGACAUGCUAAUUAAUCUAAACAAUACAUUUCUUGAAUCAUACUAUUUUAGUAGUCUAUUAGAAUUAAGUAAUUUGAAUGGGUUUAGAUAAGAUCAUUAGACUGCUCAUUUGUUCUAUUGCCUGACCGCGCAUGACCAAAUUCGUUGGCUUUUGCCACCAACUGAAAACGUUAAGAAAAAGUUUGUAUUGAGCCCUGUGUAUGGUCUCACAAUAUAAAAUAGAAGGUGAAUUAUAGCAUCUGUAUGCUUUCACACUAGUCCCCAAAUUGGAAAUAGUCAUGUAGUCAUGUUACUAUAGUAUAUUUUAGUUGUAGUUAAAAUAUGCCUGGGGUUUGAAGUGAAAGUAAUCCAAAAGUAAUCAGAUGACAUUACUAAUUUUGAGUAAUCCAAAGGAUGAUGUUACUGAUUACUUAAUUUUUCAUAUAACUGUAAUCAGUAACAGGUAAACAUUUUCAAGUUAUCCGCCCAACCCUUGACUAUUACUACACUACUGAAUUGAAAUCACAUUGACCCCAACUGUGGUGUUUGCCUGUAAAAGCCAAACACACAUUUUGGUCAUACGUUAACACUAAAAAGUAGAUCCACACUGAUACACAGUGUUAUACUACAUAUAAGCCAUUAAACAUCUGAAUGAGCGUCAUAAAAUCAUCUACCAAUGACGAGAUAAAGAAAAUAGGCAUCUUCCCUUUCUGUGCUAGAGAUGAAACAGCUGGCACGUACAUGGUUGAGUUUGUCACAAAGUCUACCAUGGUCUGCGAUUAUAAUCUUUGGGUAAUCUGAAAACGGAAAUAUACCCUCAACAUAAUCAGAUAAGUUUUGUGCAAACAGUCUAGUGAGUGCUGAAGUGCAGUCUGCAGUCAGGUUGUGCACUUCAACCCUUCAGUAGACCAGUAAAAGUCUCCUAGCACACACAGAGAGUAAGAAUGAGAGUACUUGGCGAUAUCCAGACUGCGUAUUAAAAUGGCAUCCUAUUGGCACCCUAUCCCUAAAUAGUGCACUACUCUUGACCAGAGCCCUACAUUGGUGCACUAUAUAGGGAAUAGAGUGCCAUUUCAGACAAACCCUAGAUAUAGUAUGACUUCUACUCUGGGAUUCAGCUGAGGACACCUUCCUCAUAUGGCUACUGUUUACUGUACCCUGUAAUCUACAUUCCCACUAACUUACAUUUAUGAAGCAUGGACCCUGUACGUAUUGUAAUACAAUCAAACACAGACAGUUCAUAGAUAGACUCACUAAGAUUAUGGCAAUGUGUUUCCUGAUUGACAGGUCAUCUUUGAGGCUGUGGCUGGGGAUGGCCGUGAGGGGGACAUUGCCAUUGAUGACCUCACCCUUUUUAAUGGGCCAUGUCCACAACAAGGUGAGUGCGUCAAUUAAGAGAUGACCAGUGGGAUGUUAAUGUAAAAAAAAUACAAACAAAAAACAGAAAGGUUACAGAAAGGCUCUGAAAUCUAUUCUCACUGUGUGUGUUCUUGUGUGCAUGCAUACAUUCAUACAUCCGUGCGUGUGUAUGCAUGCAUGCAUCCAUCCGUGUGUGUGUUCUGCAGGGUUCUGUGACUUUGAGAUGGACUACUGUGGCUGGCUGAACAGUCCCCCAGCUGAGUCAGGAGUGGACUGGGAAUGGUGGUCAGGGUCCAGUGGAGGACGCUUCGCUCCGACAGUGGACCACACCACCAACUCUGACCAGGGUAGGCUGCCUGUGUGACUGAAGGGAUUUGAUCCUAGGUCAACUCUGUCUGUGCCACAAGACUGUAUUAGCUCACUGUAGGCUUGGGGAGCUAAAACAAGUCUUCAAGCCUGUGUGACCAAUUGGGUUUGAGCCCUGGUCGGCCCUGUUCCACAAAACAGUGUUAGCCUGCUGAAGUUUAUACCCAGGGCACAGAGUUUUCCCGGUUUGGUUUUCAUUGUCUAAAGGAAAUGACUUUAAUUGUGCUGUUUGUUGUGGCUCUACCCUCCAGGACACUACAUCAUCUUCUUGUCAGAUAGCUUUUCCUCUGGACUAGAGAUUACCCAUCUGCAGAGUGAACCUAUGGAGGCGGUAGAGAAUGCAUGUAUAGAGUUCUGGUACUUCAUGAGCAUGUGGGGAACCAUGGGUAAGUAGCCUAAACUGGCUCUGAUAUGGCUGUAAAUGGUGAAGGCUAUGAUGCAAAACAGGAGGUUGGUGGCACCUUAAUUGGGGAGAACGGGCACGUGGUAAUGACUGGAGCGGAGUCAGUGGAAUGGUAUCAAAUACCUCAAACUCGUGGUUUCCAGGUGUAUGAUGCCAUUCCGUUUGCUACGUUCCAGCCAUUAUUAUGAGCCAUUCUCCCCUCAGCAGCCUCCUGUGCAUGCAUACCAUGCCGCUAUAGGACCUACUGGUGUCAUACACACCAAAAAGUGUGUAUUUGGUGUUUGUUUCCCCCAGACAAGCUGGAGCUGACAGUGUAUGUGAAUGAGACAGGUGUUCUACGGUCGAUAUGGAGCAGAUUUGGUAAUCUCGACCCAAUCUGGUAUCAGGCCAUGGUGGACUACAACGCUACAGGACCACACCAGGUCAGACAACGGUCAACCAAUAAGACAGCGGUCAACCAAUAAGACAGCGGUCAACCAAUAUACUGUGGGAGGUUUAAUACCAGUACAGUGAGUGAGCUAGCCAGCCGGUCAGGCAGCAAGUGAGUAUUCAACAGAUAUUGUUGGACCAUGUGUUUUGUUGCAGAUCAUAUUUGUUACCAAGCGCCCAAACAGCGAAGAUGGAGGCAUAGCCCUGGAUGACAUCCACAUUAGGAUAAACCUGACCUGUGCAGAGCUGAUCCCUACCACUUCAGCACCUACCACAGUACCCACCACCUCUCCAGCCACCCCUAUGGACUGCACCUUUGAAAAUGGUGAGGCACAGAGAAGAGGCUUACUAGGAAAUACAUUAACCUGGUCCCAGAUCUGUUUGUGCUAUCUUGCCAAAUCAUAUGGUUGGCAAGACAGCACUAACAGAUAUGGGACCAGGUUAGAGAUACAUAGGUUUGCCAACCUCUCCUAGUUUAGCCUGAAGUCUCCUGGAAUUGCGGAAGAAUUCCAAGAGGAUUUUCUUAUGUCUGAUUGGCAUUACGAAUGAGUUGCAGGGAGGGUUCAGCUUCAUAAAGGAGCAAUAUGAAGGAAGCAAUAACACAAGGCUGUAACAGUGAAGAUUAGAAGAUAAGAAAACUUCAUGAGAUGAAAAUGUUCCUGUCCUUCCCCAUCAGGCCUGUGUAACUGGGUCCAGGAGACCAACGAUGCCUUCGACUGGGUCCACUCCCAAGGCCUGCAGGUGGACCAGCCAUGGAAUGGACCGCUGUACGACCACACGGUCGGAAAUGACCAAGGUACUGUUCUGGACCUGAAGAGCUAGCUACUGUCAUGGAAAUUCUACACAGGGACAUUCGAAGUCAAUCUUAAAUAAAUCUUUGUUUAUUAUCAGCAUGCUGUAGAGGUCACAGUCAAACUUAGAUGCAUCAUGUACCGGUCUGAAGUGAGCUCCCUCGGGGCAGUCCUGCUAGAUCUCUUAUAUAUUGCUUACGGACACGUUACAUAGGCAUAGUUCAUAGGGUUGGUCCCGGCAUGUGUCUGGCACAGUCUCUAAUCUUUUUUGGGGGGAGGGGGAGGGGUAGAACAGCUUUAAAAUUGCAUAUACAUUGUAACUUCCAUCAAUGUAAUUGUCUGCAUCACUUCCAAUGUUUGUUUUUUCUCGCAAAUAUAUAUAUAUAUAAACUCAGCAAAAAAAGAAACAUCCCUUUUUCAGGACCCAGUCUUUCAAAGAUAAUUAGUAAAAAUCCAAAUAACUUCACAGAUCUUCAUUGUAAAGGGUUUAAACACUGUUUCCCAUGCUUGAGCAAUGAACAUGCACCUGUGGAACGGUCAUUAAGACACUAACAGCUUACAGACGGUAGGCAAUUAAGGUCACAGUUAUGAAAACUUAGGACACUGAAGAGGCCAUUCUACUGACUCUGAAAAACACCAAAAGAAAGAUGCCCAGGGUCCCUGCUCAUCUGCGUGAACGUGCCUUAGACAUGGUGCAAGGAGGCAUGAGGACUGCCGAUGUGGCCAGGGCAAUAAAAUGCAAUGUCCGUACUGUGAGACGCCUAAGACAGCGCUACAGGGAGACAGGACGGACAGCUGAUCGUCCUCACAGUGGCAGACCAUGUGUAACAACACCUGCACAGGAUCAGUACAUCCGAACAUCACACCUGCGGGACAGGUACAGGAUAGCAACAACAACUGUCCGAGUUACACCAGGAACACACAAUCCCUCCAUCAGUGCUCAGACUGUCCGCAAUAGGCUGAGAGAGGCUGGACUGAGGUCUUGUAGGCCUGUUGUAAGGCAGGUCCUCACCAGACAUCACCGGCAACAACGUCGCCUAUGGGCACAAACCCACCGUCACUGGACCAGACAGGACUGGCAAAAAGUGCUCUUCACUGACGAGUCGCGGUUUUGUCUCACCAGGGGUGAUGGUCGGAUUCGCGUUUAUUGUCGAAGGAAUGAGCGUUACACCGAGGCCUGUACUCUGGAGCGGGAUCGAGUUGGAGGUGGAGGGUCCGUCAUGGUCUGGGGCGGUGUGUCACAGCAUCAUCGGACUGAGCUUGUUGUCAUUGCAGGCAAUCUCAACGCUGUGCGUUACAGGGAAGACAUCCUCCUCCCUCAUGUGGUACCCUUCCUGCAGGCUCAUCCUGACAUGACCGUUCAGCAUGACAAUGCCACCAGCCAUACUGCUCGUUCUGUGCGUGAUUUCCUGCAAGACAGGAAUGUCAGUGUUCUUCCAAGGCCAGCGAAGAGCCCGGAUCUCAAUCCCAUUGAGCACGUCUGGGACCUGUUGGAUCGGAGGGCUAGGGCCAUUCCCCCAAGAAAUGUCCGGGAACUUGCAGGUGCCUUGGUGGAAGAGUGGGGUAACAUCUCACAGCAAGAACUGGCAAAUCUGGUGCAGUCCAUGAGGAGGAGAUGCACUGCAGUACUUAAUGCAGCUGGUGGCCACACCAGAUACUGACUGUUACUUUUGAUUUCAAAAGUCACAUUUCUGUUAGUCACAUGUCUGUGGAACAUGUUCAGUUUAUGUCUGUUGUUGAAUCUUAUGUUCAUACAAAUAUUUACACGUUAAGUUUGCUGAAAAUAAACGCAGUUGACAGUGAGAGGACAUUUCUUUUUUUGCUGAGUUUGCAUACAUACAGUGCUAUGAAAAAGUAUUUGCCCCCUUUCUAAUUUUCUCUACUUUUGCAUAUUUGUGAUUGUCACGAUCGUCUUCAAAAUGAGCGGACCAAAGCGCAGCGCGUUGAGUGAACAUGACUUUAUUAAAUAAAGCAACCACGAAAAAACAACAAAUGACGAUACGUGAAGUCCAAAAGUUACAAAUACUGAAACACGGAACAUGGAACACUGGAACAAAAACCCACAAACACAAGGUGAAAAACACACAGAUUAUAUAUGGCUCCCAAUCAGAGAUAACGAGCCGACAGCUGACACUCGUUACCUCCGAUUGGGAGUCACCAGACCAAUUACCAAAAACACAAACAAAUGAAACUCACCCAUACCCAACACCACCAAAUGAAAUACACCCUGGCUCUAACACACAGUCCCGGAGCCAGAGUGUGACAGUACCCCCCCCCAAAGGCGCGGACUCCGACCGCGCCUAACCCAAAAAAUGGGGAGGGCUGGGUGGGUGUUACUCCACGGAGGCGGCUCUGGCACUGGUCGUGAUCCCCACCCCACCAUAGUCACUACCCACUUAAGUAGCCUCCUCCAAUCAACCACCCUACAUCCUAACCCCACUGGAUUAAGGGGCAGCACCGGACUAAGGGGCAGCACCGGACUAAGGGGCAGCACCGGACUAAGGGGCAGCACCGGACUAAGGAGCAGCACCGAGCUAAGGGGCAGCACCGGACUAAGGGGCAGCACCAGGAUAAGGGACAGCACCAGGAUAAGGAGCAACACCGAGCUAAGGGGCAGCACCGGACUAAAUGGCGGAUCCUGGCUGGACGGCUCUGGCGGAUCCCGGCUGGACGGCUCUGGCGGAUCCCGGCUGGACGGCUCUGGCGGAUCCCGGCUGGACGGCUCUGGCGGAUCCCGGCUGGACGGCUCUGGCGGAUCCCGGCUGGACGGCUCUGGCGGAUCCCGGCUGGACGGCUCUGGCGGAUCCCGGCUGGACGGCUCUGGCGGAUCCCGGCUGGACGGCUCAUGGCUGGCUGACGGAUCUGGCUGCUCAUGGCUGGCUGACGGAUCUGGCUGCUCAUGGCUGGCUGACGGAUCUGGCUGCUCAUGGCUAGCUGACGGAUCUGGCUGCUCAUGGCUGGCUGACGGAUCUGGCUGCUCAUGGCUGGCUGACGGAUCUGGCUGCUCAUGGCUGGCUGACGGAUCUGGCUGCUCAUGGCUGGCUGACGGAUCUGGCUGCUCAUGGCUGGCUGACGGAUCUGGCUGCUCAUGGCUGGCUGACGGAUCUGGCUGCUCAUGGCUGGCUGACGGAUCUGGCUGCUCAUGGCUGGCUGAAGGCUCUGGCUGAUCCUGUCUGGCAGAAGGCUCUGGCUGAUCCUGUCUGGCGGAAGGCUCUGGCUGAUCCUGUCUGGCGGAAGGCUCUAGCGGCUCCGGUCUGGCGGAAGGCUCUGAAGGCUCAUGGCAGACGGGCGGCUUAAGCGCCUUUGGGCAGACGGGCAGUUCAGGCCCCGUUGGGCAGACGGCAGACUCUGGCCGUCUGAGGCGCAUCGUAGGCCUGGUGCGUGGUGCCGGAACAGGAGGUACCGGGCUGAGGACACGCAUCUCAGGGCUAGUGCGGGGAGAAGCAACAGGGCAUGCUGGACCCUGGGGACGCACCGUAGGCCUGAUGCGUGGUGCCGGAACUGGAGGUACCGGGCUGAGGACACGCAUCUCAGGGCUAGUGCGGGAAGCAGCAACAGGGCAUGCUUGGCCCUGGGGACGCACCGUAGGCCUGAUGCGUGGUGCCGGAACUGGAGGUACCGGGCUGAGGACACGCAUCUCAGGGCUAGUGCGGGGAGUAGCAACAGGGCAUGCUGGACCCUGGAGACACACAGGAGGCUUGGGGCGUGGUGUAGGCACUGGUAGGAAAGGGCUGGCGACGCGCACCGUAUCCCUGGUGCGAGUGGCCGGAACAGGUCGGGCUGGGCUGGCGACGCGCACCGUACACUUGGUGCGGGUGGCAGGAACAGGCCGAACCGGGCUGGCGACGCGCACCGUAGGCUUCCUACGAGGCUCAGGAACAGGCCGGGCUGGGCUGGCGACGCGCACCGUACACUUGGUGCGGGUGGCAGGAACAGGCCGAACUGGGCUGGCGACGCGCACCGUACACUUGGUGCGGGUGGCAGGAACAGGCCGAACCGGGCUGGCGACGCGCACCGUACACUUAGUGCGAGGGGCCGGAACAGGCCGUACCGUACGGGGAACACACACUACUGGCUGUACCUCGGGAUUAGGAACGGGCCGGACCGGACUGGUUACACACCCCAGUACCUCUCGCCGAGCCUCUACACCAGGGUUCUUCAAUCCUGGUCCUGGAGGGCCGAGACACCUCUGUUUUUCAUCCUCUCCUUCUAAUCAGGGGCUAAUUCAGACCUGGGACACCAGGUGAGUGCAAUUAACUACCAGGUAGAAAUAAAAAACAGAAGUGUUUCGGCCCUCCAGGACCAGGAUUGAAGAACCCUGCUCUACACCUUCCUUCCCUGUUUUUCCCAGUAGCCCCCUUAACCUGGUAGCCUCCUGAAUCCAUCCCUUUUCUGCCUCCGUCAGCCCCCUUAACCUGGUAGCCUUCUGCCUCUGCCUUGUGGCAGCCUCCUGCUGCUCAGUCGCCCAAGCCAUGUGCCCCCCCCAAAAAAUUUCUUGGGGUUGCCUCUCGUCCACGGGCUUCCAGCCUCGCCUUCGUGCUGCCUCCUCAUACCACCUCCUCUCGGCUUUGGCUGCCUCCAGCUCUUCACGAGGGAGGCGAUAUUCUCCCGGUUGUGCCCAAGGACCCUUUCCGUCCAAUAACUCUUCCCAUGUCCAGACCCUCGGCUCCUGGACACGCUGCUUGGUCCUUUGAUGGUGGGUUUUUCUGUCACGAUCGUCUUCAAAAUGAGCGGACCAAAGCGCAGCGCGUUGAGUGAACAUGACUUUAUUAAAUAAAGCAACCACGAAAAAACAACAAAUGACGAUACGUGAAGUCCAAAAGUUACAAAUACUGAAACACGGAACAUGGAACACUGGAACAAAAACCCACAAACACAAGGUGAAAAACACACAGAUUAUAUAUGGCUCCCAAUCAGAGAUAACGAGCCGACAGCUGACACUCGUUACCUCCGAUUGGGAGUCACCAGACCAAUUACCAAAAACACAAACAAAUGAAACUCACCCAUACCCAACACCACCAAAUGAAAUACACCCUGGCUCUAACACACAGUCCCGGAGCCAGAGUGUGACAGUGAUACUGAAUGUUAUCAGAUCUUCAACCAAAACCUAAUAUUAGAUAAAGGGAACAUAAGUGAACAAAUAACACAACAAUUACAUAUUUAUUUCAUAAACAAAGUUAUGCAACACCCAAUUCCCCUGUGUGAAAAAGUAAUUGCCCCCUUACACUCAAUAACUGGUUGUGCCACCUUUAGCUGCAAUGACUCCAACCAAAUGCUUCCUGUAGUUGUUGGUCAGUCUCUCACGUCGCUGUGAAGGAAUUUUGUCCCACUCUUCCAUGCAGAACUGCUUUAACUCAGUGACGUGUGGGUUUUCAAGCAUGAACUGCUCGUUUCAAGUCCUGCCACAACAUCUCAAUUGGGAUUAGGUCUGGACUUUGACUAGGCCAUUCCAAAACAUCCAAUUUGUUGAUUUUUAGCAAUUUUCAUGUAGACUUGAUUGUGUGUUUUGGAUCAUUGUCUUGCUGCAUGACCCAGCUGCGCUUCAGCUUCAGCUCACAGAUGGAUGGUCUGACAUGCUCCUGUAGAAUUCUCUGAUACAGAGCAGAAUUCAUGGUUCCUUCUAUUAAGGCAAGUCGUCCAGGUCCUGAGGCAGCAAAGCAUCCCCAAACCAUCACACCACCACCACCAUGCUUGACCUUUGGUAUGAUGUUCUUACUGUGGAAUGCAGUGUUUGGCAAUCCUUCAGCCAUUCCUGGACCUGUGACCAAAAACAAGCUACAAAUGGACAGUACCAAAACAAAUGAUCUAAUGAUUCUGUCUCUUCGCAGCAAAAUCUGAAGAGCUGGGAAGAUUGUAUCCCCCAUAUAAAUAACAUUCUAUUGGUAGCAAUAAUUUUGUAUAAUCAUUUAAAUAGAAAAAUUCUAAGUUUUGAAUCUGGCGUCGUUUUGUGUAUCAGUUCAUAAACACUAUGCCAUGGAAUCGGUACGUCAAAAAUCUCUUCCCAACUAUUUUGCAAUCUAUAUGGGACAGCUGUCAGUCCUUUGGUCUUUAAAUGAAACUUGUAUACUUUUUUAUUUAUCACAAUUUUCUUUAACCAAUUAUGUUAUUUAAUGCAGGGCCAACAGACAAGUUCCUUACUUUUUCCCCCUUCAACUUUCCUCUUCCAUUUUUGCGGUAAUGCUGCAAUUAUUUGGUUGUAAUUUUGGUUAGAACAGACAUUUCCAUAUGUUUUUGUUAGCUGCAUGUGCGACAACUCCACCAGUCCUACCUAUGAUAUCAUUUACGAAGAAUAUACCUUUUUUAAACAUUUUUUCAAAAAAUAAUUGUUUUUUAUUCAUUAGUAUAUUUGAGUUUAACCACAAUAUUUGUUGCAUUAUUUGUUCUGUCGUUUCUUGAGGAUUAAAUUGAAAUUACAACCAACUUUCUAUGGCUUGUUUUAGAAAUAGUGAUAUUUGGGAGAUGAUUUCCUUUUCAAAUAACUGAAAGUGAGAGGUUGUAAUCUGAAUAAAGGGGCGGCAGGUAGCUUAGUGGUUAAGAGCGUUGUGCCAGUAACCGAAAGGUCGCUGGCUCUAAUCCCCGAGCCGACUAGGUGAAAAACCUGCCGAUGUGCCCUUGAGCAAGGCACUUAACCCUAAUUGCUCCUGUAAGUCGCUCUGGAUAAGAGCAUCUGCUAAAUGACGUAAAUGUAAUAUAAAUGUAAAAGGCCAUUCUUGAACAUGGGGUGAGACAAUCUUACUAAUUUGCUAGAGAACCAGUUCGGAUUUAAGUAUAACUUUUGUAUGACUGAAGCUUUUAGUGAUAGGUCUAAUGCUUUAAUAUUUUAUAAUUUCUGUCCUCUGAAUUCAUGUUCAUUAUAUAAAUAGGCCUGUUUAAUUUAUGUCUGGCUUGCCAUUCCAAAUAAAACGGAAUCUUUUUAAAUCUUUUUUAUAUUUUUAUAUAUUUAAAACUGUUCGCUAGGCUUAGGCAAGACCAUAAGCAAAUAUUUAAACUGUGAUACUACUAAAGAGUUAAUCAGGGUGAUUUUUCCACAAAAACACAGGUAUUUACGGUACCUUUCCAUGAUAGCAAGAUCUUAUCUAUUUUUGCUAACUUUCUAUUAACAUUUAUUGGAGUGAGAUCAUUUAUUUCAUUUGGGAUAUGUAUUCCGAGUAUAUCCACAUCACCGUCUCUUAUCUUAACUUAAAUAACAUAUUCUGGGAGUUCUGCCAGAUGAUCCUAAGGAGGGGGUUUAUCACAUCUUUACCAAGCACAGACAGGAACCAAGGAUUAUUUAUGACACUAAGACAAGAUUAAAAUUUUCAAGGCAGUCUCUUCACAUGAUAACAUUUUCCAUCACAUUACGCAUAGGGAGACAAACUAAACAUCCCUGCAUCUGCCACAAGUGUCACUCAAAGUGGCAAAGACUGUCACUCAAAAAUGGCUGCUUUAUGUCCUGUGUGUGUGACAGGGUUUUACCUGAUGGUGAAUAUGUCUGGUAGCGGGGACGGUGAGACCGCGGUCGUCUCUGUUCCUCUUACGGUCCAAACCACGGACCUCUGUGUUGGAUUCUGGUAUUACAUGUUGGGACCAUCUGUGUCCAACCUGGACCUCCUAGUACAGACGGUAUGUACAGUAGACAACUACCGGGGUUAUAGCAUAUAUGGGCUGGUUUCCCAGACACAGACUCAACCUGGUCGUGGACUGAGAAGUACUUUCAAUUCAGAAUCUGCAUUGAGCUUGCUUUUAGUCCAGGACCAGGCUUAAUCUCUGUCCUGGCCGUAUAUGUUUUACACUGAUGUUUUAGAAGGAGUUUUAAAACUCUGGGCCCUAGUUACAUUAUAACAAACAUACAGAAUUCCCUGAUGAAUGCUAUUGCCCAAAUCAUUAUCAGUAGAUGUAUUAGUGGCAAGGGGGUUUCGAGUAACAUAUGGUAGCCUUCUACAAUUGGUUGAACUGACAGUUGAACAAGUGCCUUUCAUCAUCUAGCUUUUAUGUUAUUGUCCUCUAACUUGCACGUAAAUACCUACUCAACUAAUAGUUUCUGUUUUUUAAUGCGUCAUAUGUAAGAGUAUUGUAACAUUUAGUAUUCUCUUCAUGGUAGAAAACAUCAAGAACUGUGGUGUGGACUCGCCAAGGCAGCCAGGAUUCAGAAUGGAUGAAUGCACAGGUUACACUCAGCAUAGCAGACACACAGGAGGUAUGCACACGCACACACACGCACGCACACACACAUGCACAGUGGUAAUGAUGUAUGAUCUGUGGUCCAGGUUCAGUUCUCUGGAAGCAGGAAUACCUCUGGCAGUGGGUUUAUAGCCAUCGAUGAUGUCACAGUCAAGGAAGGAGCCUGCAAAGAUCAAAGUAAGAAAUACGUUCAUAAUGGCUCUAUAUACACACUGCCAUGUGUGAUUGUUGUUAUUAUAUUGCCACUAAUGCACAUAGGUUAUACUAUAUUGAUCAUAUCACAUACUAGAGUUCUAUUUAAUUCUGUGGGGUUAUACCAUAUCAAACUCAUCAUGUAGGCAAUAUAUUUCCUCACUGAUUGAGACUAUGAUGAUAUUCUAUUGGGAGAGUAUGGGGAAGCAGCAGGGUAAUAAGUGUUUGCUUCAUACAGAUCCGUGUGGAUUUGAGGUAGACUCCUGGUGUGACUUUGAGGUAGACAUGAGUCACAAGGGGCGCUGGGACCAUUUGAGAGGCAGAAAGGACCGACUGGACCACACCUACAGAACUGAGAAAGGUGAAUGUUAUUGUGGCCAAUAUCAUUGUGUUUGUGAAGGGUGGUAGAAAAGGAAGGCAUAUAUAUUUUUUAUUGAACCUUUAUCUAACCAGGCAGUCCCAUCUGGCCGUCUUUGGGAAGCAGGUCAAACAGUAGUCAUUCAUGGCAUUGUUAGGCUGCCAAUCUAGCUGGUGCAAAGGGAUUUGAGCACCUGUUAAAGCGCUGCAUAAAUCCAAUCUAUUAUUAUGACAAUUAUUGAUUGUCUGUGUCUGUCCUGUAGGUUUCUAUCUGACUGUGUUGAAACUGAACUCAACGGAGAUCGAGGUGGCUCAGCUGCUUUCUCCAGAGCUAAGCUCUACCACAGGGAUGUGUGUUCGUUUCUGGUGAGCUCAGUCCCUCGCUGUUACCUCACUCUCCUCCCAACUCAUCUCUCCUCACCUUACUUUUCCCCUCUCACCCCUAGCCUCAUUUCUCACCUCACUCUCCUACUAAAAACCUCACCCCUCACCUCCUACUCCUCAUCCCCCCAAUCAUUUUACCUCUGCCCUGAUCUCUCACUCCGCCUCUAGGUACUGGCUGCCUGCUGGCUCCACUGACCAUCUGUCAGUGCAUGUCCUGAGGAGCAGCGAGCAGGGCCCGGCUCUGUGGCAGCGUUCUGGAGCUCCCUCUACAGGCUGGGAGGUGGCAGAACUCACUGUGUCCGCCCCUAACACCUUUAAGGUUAGCUCACCUAGCUAGCUACGCAACACUGUACGCAUUCUAAUUGGCUCUGGUACUAGCCAUUCCUAUGAUCAGGUAUCCUCAUUGGAAAGAGGAUAGGGAAGUGACUGAUUGAUCUCUUUCCACUUUCUUCUGACUUCACCCACCCACGCCCCCCCCCCCCCAUGCCCCCAGGUGGUUUUCAGAGCAGAGCAUGCGCCGGGCUCUGAUUCGACGGUGCAGAUUGAUGAUGUGUCUAUGAGGGAAGGAGCCUGUACUCCCAUGGGCAGCUGUGACUUUGAGUCUGGCCAGUGUACCUGGGUCAAUGAGGCCCGGACAGACGGACAUGACUGGGUACAGGCAGACGGACGCUUCCAUGGCCCAGACACUGACCACACCAGUCAGACACCAGAGGGUGAGGGCUUGGACCACAGCACCGCAGGCAGUUACAAGAGAAACACGUCUAUAGUCAUAUAGUUGAAAAUCAUGCUCAAAUAUGAUUCCCUUUAAAUUAAACCUGUAAAAGAGAAUAUGUUCUCAGUCAACUUAGCUAGUAAAAUAACGGUAAAUAAAUAACCAUGGAGAUUAUACACACACAAUUUUAAUGACUUAAUGUUAUUUUGCACCAGAUACUCAUGACAACAAAAUAGCAACAAGUUGAAAGCUGAAAUGAUUGUUAUUGUCUUAGGAUGAUGACUGAUGUAUACGUGACCUCUAUUGUGAUCUGUUCUGCUAUCAGGGAGGUUCUUGCUGAGCCCGGCCCUGACCCAGAACCAGAGCAGCCGGGCUGUGGUGGUUUCUGAGUGGAUCCAGUCUCAGACUGAAGCCACCUGCCUUACCGUCUGGUACCACAUGAAUGGCAGGUCAGAACCUCGACUUACAGGGACUUUACUUUUCUUAGAGGGAAGUUAUUUUGUGUUGUGUCCGGUACAUUAAAACCACAUAUGACAAGUUACAUACAUCAAAAACAAGACAUACACACCCUCUGGUUGGAGUAAUUGAAAUUUUUGUCAUUUAGCAGAUGCUCUUAUCCAGAAGCAAUUUAGUGUUAAGUGCCUUGCCCAUGGGCACAUCAACAGAUGUUCUACCUAGUCGGCUCGGGGAUUCGAACCAGCGACUUAAUGGUUACUGGCCCAACGCUCUUAACCGCUAGGCUACCUGCCGCCAUAUUGAACUAUACUAUUGUAAUGAACUGUACAUGAACUGUACUUUUGGGAUGGCAGGAGACAUUUAGCCUAACACAGGGGCUCUAUAUUGGUAGAGUUUGGUAGGAGUCAACAUUUCUCCAAUAGAAUAAUUAUCUGUUCCCCUUAUGUCUUCCUUAUUGUGCAGUGAGUCUUGGGUGCUGCGUGUGUUUGUGCGCUCUGGGCCAACAAAACAAGAGUUACUGUUUGAGACCCAAUCUGGAGGAUCCAACUGGACCCGCUUCUCUGGCUCUGUGGAGAAGUCCGGCCCAUUCCAGGUACAGUGACUGGUUUAAUGCUUUGUAAGCAGCUCACACACUGGUCCUACACAGCUGAGUGUACUUUCUAACCCUGUCUGUCUAGGUGCUGAUAGACGCAGAAUCUGGAGACCAUGGAUUUAUUGCUAUUGAUGACAUCACUGUAACGCCAGGGCUUUGUCCAGGUACAGUACAAACAAUGUGGAAAGCAUUAUAGCAAUAGUUGUAGACUGGUUAUGGGCAAAUCAAAGCAACAAGGCUAACUGUCCCUGUUCUCUGUUGGCCCUUGUACCCUACACCUGUUUCGGUCCCCCCAUACCCUAUUCCAUGUCCUUUCAUCCCAUGUCCACCUGUCCCGACAGACAAUGAGACUAGCGGGGACUUUGUGGGGUGCUCCUUUGAGAACGGUACCUGUGAUUGGACGGAUGUCAGUGUGGGCCAGUUUACAUGGCAACGGGGCAGGAAUGGCACUACCACGGAGAACACUGGCCCGUCAAUAGACCACACCCUGGGCACUGAGCUGGGUAAGACACACACACACACACACACAUUUAAGACGCACACACUACCCUUGUAGUUCUACUUUAGUUCAGCUCUGUCUGUCCUGUGUUCCUCCAGGCUGGUACAUGGCAGUGGAGUCUAGCCAUGGGGAUGUGAACAGCUUUGCAGCGCUGCAGAGUCCCGCCAUGAAGCAGGCCAGUGCUGUGUGCUUGCUAGUGUUCUACUACCACGUGUAUGGAACAGGUAAGAUGCUCCAACACAUAUGCAUGCAUGCGUAAUAAGUACUGUAUGUUUGUGCGUGCUUGCAUGUACUGGUAACUGCCCAAAUAAAGGAAACACCAACAUAAACUGUCUUUAAUAGGGCGUUGGGCCACCACAAGCCAUCAGAACAGCUUCAAUGCACCUUGGUAUAGAUUCUAAGUGUCUUGAACUCUAUCGGAGGGAUGCGACAUCAUUCUUCCACGAGAAAUUACAUCAUUUGGUGUUUUGUUGAUGGUGUGGAAAAAGCUGUCUUAAGCACCGUUCCAGAAUCUCCCAUAAGUGUUCAAUUGGGUUGAGAUCUGGUGACUGAGACAGCUAUGGCAUAUGGUUUAAAUUUCUUUCAUGCUCAUCAAACCAUUCAGUGAUCACUCAUGCCCUGUGGAUGGGGGCAUUUUCUUUCUAUAGGAACAUAGCCAUGGUAGCCAAAAGAAUGACCUGCCCAGCAUUUUUAUGCAUGACCCUAAGCAUGAUGGGAUGUUAAUUGCUUAAUUAACUCAGAAACUACACCUGUGUGGAAGCACCUGCUUUCAAUAUACGUUUACCUGUAUGUGCAUGUUUGCGUUUCUGCGUGUUUAUUAGGGCCGGGAUGAUAUCAGUAUGGCGAUACUCGUUAGUAUCGUGGCAAGGACACAAAACACAAACAUCAUUAUGUUGUUGUCCAGAGUCACAUUUAUUUAUUUCCCAAGCUAUAGCACACAAUGUUUUACAUACAGCAGGUUUUUAAAGGACCAAAGAGUUUGGUCUGCUUAGUGUUUUAAUUUUUGGUAUGGACAGUCCUAGUGUUUAUGGGUGCGUGUGUGUGCAUGCUUGUGUUUAUGUCUAUGUUUGUUGUCAGGUAUAGGGGAACUCAGCGUGCUUCUACAGGAGGGCUCCAGGACCACUCCUCUGUGGUGGCGGUCGGAUGACCAGGAGGAUGCGUGGCGUCGGGGCGAGGUGACGGUGGGUCGUACCCCCCAGGUCUUCACCCUGCUCUUCCAGGCCACCAGGACCUUCAGUCAGCUAGGGGACAUCGCCAUCGACGACAUCCUCUUCCUCAACUGUAGUCUGCCUGGUGAGCAGCAAACACACAAAGUGACAGUAGCCAUGGGUUGUGUUACUUGUGUUAUAGGGGAAGGGAAACAAUUACGCUAUAAACUACAAUGGCAAUAUCCUAAGUGGUCAAUUGUAUUUAGGGGAAUAUAGCAUAGCAUAGUAUAGCAUAGCAUAGCAUAGCAUAGUACUACCUGUCUAUUACAGGAGCUAUAUAUAUUGAAUCUCACUUUGCUCCAGUGCUGAUUUGAAGCAGUCUUUGAUUAACUAUGUUUUCUCUCCCCCUCAGAGCCCCAGGACUCCUGUCCAGCCGGAGUGUUCACCUGCUCUAACCGUGUCUGUGUGGAGCAGAGCCGAGUGUGUGACUACACCGACGACUGUGGGGAUGGGACUGAUGAGGCCGACUGUGGUGAGUGAGAAGGACAGUUUUGUAAGCAGGGAAACUCUGGUUCAUGCUUUUAACAAGGGCCUGGAGUUUUUCCUCGCCAGGUCACAUAAUAAUAACAAAGAGCUCUAAUCGGUUGGUUGUAUCCUGAGUCAUCCCUUUCCUCUGUCCGUGUGUAUCCAGAGAAGCAGGGUUACACGGGGCACUGCAGCUUUGAGCAGGGCCUGUGCUCCUGGGAGGAGAGUGAGGUGGACACCCCCGGGGCUGACUGGACCUUCCAGAAGGGAGAGAGCGCCUGGCCUCAACACGGGCCGCCGAGGGAUCACACCAAAAACAAUGGAGCAGGUAGGUCCACCUACUGCACUUAGAGAUGAAUUAUAGUGUGUGGAUCAGGGAGUUCAAGAAUUGCCCCAUGGCCAUCCCUGUAGUCUUUCAUCACAGAUUUAAAGAGUAGCAGCGCUCAUGUGAGAUUUAGUUCUGGGUGCCGAGAUGACCAUCCCCCAUUACUGUCAGUGCUGUAGAUAUGGGCCGGUUCUUUGUGAUAGGCGGGUAAGAACGAGGUUGUCUUUAUAGCUCGGUCCUCUGUAGCUCAGCUGGUAGAGCACGGCGCUUAUAACGCCAAGGUAGUGGGUUCGAUCCCCGGGACCACCCAUACACACAAAAAAAUGUAUGCACGCAUGACUGUAAGUCGCUUUGGAUAAAAGCGUCUGCUAAAUGGCAUAUUAUUAUUAUUAUUAUUAUUAUUUUAUGUUUCAGGGCACUAUGUGAUUCCUGGGAGCCACCUGACUGAGAAGCGCCAGACAUCAGAGAUGCUCUCCAGCACUCUGCUACCCAGCUCCAACUGCACCGUGAGUCUCUCUACAUUCACAACGACUCUGUCAAUCACAAUCUAUAUUGUUCACAAUGAACACGGAUGUUACAUCAACACAUAGAGAUGGCUAGAGGGCGGAUUUGCCACAAAGACUGUUUUAGCCCGCAAUAGUGCUGCCUGUGCUGUCACAGAAUCGAUCAUGGAAAAGAUAGGAAAUGUGCCCUCUUUCCAUCUCUAUGCACCAACAGCAGCUCCGUAUCCUCCUCUGGCUAGUCUGUGGUUCCCUCAGUGAGACGCUGCUCUCUGUCUCCCCCUACAGGUCAGGUUCUACUACUACAGUCAGGAUGAGGAGAUGGCCAGUCUGACUGUGAGGCUGAGGACAGACCACAAUGGGGCUGAUGACACUGUGCUGUGGACCAGAGACUCAUCACAGGACUACAGCUGGCACAGGGCAGAGGUCAUACUGUUCUCACCGGUCAACAGCAAGGUCAGAGAGGACAACACACACACACAUACAAACACACACACACACACAUUUUAUUUAGUGUGUAUUGCAUAACAGAUUGGACGGCUCAUUGGUGUGUGUGUGCGUAUGCUUGUGUAUCUGCAGAUUGUAUUCCAGUAUGCGAGAGGAGAAACCCAUAUUGGUCUGGUUGCAGUUGACGAUGUUUCCUUCUCCAAGGAGUGUGUCCACGACCCUAACAACAGCCAGCUGCCUGUCAACCCACCUUCCUCUGUCCCUCCCACUACUCCAGCCACACCCACUUCCUCAGUCCCUCCCACCACCAGUGCCUGUACGUUUGAGAGUGACCAGUGUCUGUGGAGUGACACCAGCGAGGGCGUCAACAGAUGGCAGAGACAGGAAGCCGGUAACCACACAGUACCAGAGACGGACCACACGACUGGCACAGGUAACCACACUGGACCACACACUGACCGUACACAUGACCACAACCACCUACCAAUGACAAGGCAACAGUUGAAGCACAUGUAAAACCAUUUAGCAUAAAGUUGCGUUCUGUUAUUUUCAUUUCACCAGUGACAACUCGAUCGGUACUAUUAACACAAUCGGCCAAGAAGAAAACAGCAGCAGCACUUUUGAUGGGAAAUUAAAGUUACAGAUUGCAUGUUUAAGCCCCUUCCCUUCUGCCUCCUACUUUGUGAAUAGGCUACUACAUGGCAGUGAAUUUCAGCCAGUCCCAAAUCGAGGCUCGUCUCCAGAGUCCCGCCCUCCCAUCCUUGUCCCCCUACUGCCAGAUACUGUGAGUGACAGACAGGACAGCCAGUAGGCUGAUGCCAUGAGCCCGCCUUCGAUGUCUACCUGUGGAUUUUGACCUCAGUUUUAUUCAACAAUAUUUUAUAUUAGAGCCUCACGGACAAUGUAUGAGCCUCUCUCUCUCGCUCUCGCUCUCGCUCUCGCUCUCGCUCUCGCGCUCGCUCGUCUGUCUGUGUUCCUCCCAGGUUUCACUUCCAGAUGCGUGGUAAAAGUGUAGGGUCUCUGAGUGUUCUUCUGCAGGAGGCUGAGGGCAAAGAGAUAGCACUAUGGUCACGCACACUCACCACCGCCCCCCAGUGGAGCCCAGAGCACCUGCCUCUAGGUCAACACCUGCAGCCCUACAAGGUGUGUGUUCCCACUGAGAUAUACCCGUUACUAGCUUUAUUUAUAUGACUCCAUUGGGCCUAACAUUGAACUGGCAUGGUAUUUCAGUCAUAAACCACAUGUUUAGGUCAAGGAGUUUUUUUUUUUACUGACCAUGUUACUAGACCAGGAAAAACUCUGGGCACUACUAAACUCUACUAGGGCCGAGAAUAUUCUCUUCUCAGGUCAGGCAAUCAGGAGAAACCUCUGGACCUACAGCAUGCUAGUUGACUGUACUGAUGUAAUUGUCUGUCCUCUCAGGUAGUGUUCAGAAGCUGGGCUGGGGAGAGCCUAUCAGAUGUCUCCCGUGCUGUUGCUCUGGACGAUAUCUCCUUCUUCAACUGUGACACAUCCUACCAGCCACCAGGUAGGGCAGGACUGCAUUAGCAAUACAUGUGCAGAUGUUCUAGGAUCAGUUUAGCCUUUUAGAUAAUAAGGAAUAAGACUAGGUAGACAGGGGGGACCUGAUCCUAGACCUGAUCCUAGGUCAGCACUCUGAGAAGUUUUAUGAAUACGGGCCCAGGCCACAUCAUGUCAUUUCGUCACUAUUUUACUUUUCUCUCCCCAGCCCUGUCUGCCUAUGACUGUUCCUUUGAGAGGGACCUGUGUGGCUGGGUGCAGGGGGCAGAGGAGGAACAAGACUGGCAGAUGAAGUCUGGUCCUACAGACACCCCAAACACUGGGCCUGCUGGGGACCACACCACCACCACUGGUCAGUCCCACAGUUGCAUCACAUCACCACUCAAUGUAUUCAUUUCAUGAUGAUGUACAUUAAAUCACACCCUGUCCUGGAACUUUAAAGGGGUAGUGUAGUGUGAUACAUUUUCAAAGUACCAGCUACUGGGCGUUACAUGGAAGACAUUUUCAGCAUCAGUGUUUAAUGCUAGCGAUAUAGUAGGCUAUGGUUCUUCCCUCACUGUUUCUGGUACUUUUAAAGGGGUAGUGUGACCAAUGGUCAUGAUUACAUCAAAUCUGGACAAUAUAACGUAACUGGUUGGAACUGUUGGCGUUUUUUAAUGUUGGCAUUCAGCAGGGUGUGUUCAAUUGCUUCAAAGGUUCCAACCUGUUGCAUAAUUCAAUGGUUUCCUUAAUCAGUGUGUUGUUUAAUUCCUAGGGUAUUACCUGUACAUCGAGAGCUCUGCUCCCAGCGCCGUUGGUAGCGUUGCUCAGCUGAAGUCCCAGUUGCUGCCCCCUGCAGGGCCCCAGGGGUACUGCCUCUCAUUCUGGUACCACAUGUUUGGGCCCACAGUAGGAUCACUCAGGAUGGUGCUACACACCACACAGUCCCGGCUAGGAACAAUGGUAUGAACAAACCCUGGAUCAGAGAUUAGGGGUAACAUCUACCUUCCCCCCUGUCUUUAAAAAUGUGGACACACCUACUCAUUCAAUGGUUUUUCUUUAUUUUUACUAUUUUUUACAUUGUAGAAUAAUAGUGACGACAUGAAAUAAUGUAACCAAAAAAAGUGUCAAACAAAUCAAAAUAUAUUUUAUAUUUGAGGUUCUUCAAAUAGCCACCCUUUGCCUUGAUGACAGCUUUGCACACUCUUGGCAUUCUCUCAACCAGCUUCACCUGGAAUGCUUUUCUAACAGUCUUGAAGGAGUUCCCACAUAUGCUGAGCACUUGUUGGCUGCUUUUCCUUCACUCUGCCAUCCGACUCAUCCCAAACCAUCUCAAUUGGGUUGAAGUCGGGGGAUUGUGGAGGCUAGGUAAUCUGAUGCAGCACUCCAUCACUCCUUCUUGGUAAAAUAGCCCUUACACAGCCUGGAGGUGUGUUGGGUCAUUGUCCUGUUGAAAAACAAAUGAUAGUCCCACUAAGCCCAAACCAGAUGGGAUGGCGUAUCGCUGCAGAAUGCUGUGGUAGCCAUGCUGAUUAACUGUGCCUUGAAUUCUAAAUAAAUCACAGACAGUGUCACCAGCAAAGCACCCCCACACCAUAAUACCUCCUCCUCCAUGCUUUACGGUGGGAACUACACAUGCGAGAUCAUCCGUUCACCCACACCGCGUCUAACAAAGACAGUUUGAAUCAAAAAUCUCCAAAGGACACAUUUCCACUGGUCUAAUGUCCAUUGCUCGUGUUUCUUGGCCCAAGCAGGUCUCUUCUUCUUAUUGGUGUCUUUUAGUAGUGGUUUCUUUGCAGCAAGUCGACCAUGAAGGCCUGAUUCACACAGUCCCCUCUGAACAGUUGAUGUUGAGAUGUGUCUUUUACUUGAACUCUGUGAAGCAUUUAUUUGGGCUGCAAUUUCUGAGGCUGGUAACUCUAAUGAACUUAUCCUCUGCAGCAGAGGUAACUCUGGGUCUUACAUUCCUGUGGCAGUCCUCAUGAGAGCCAGUUUCAUCAUAGCGCUUGAUGGUUUUUGCGACUGCACUUGAAGAAACUUUCAAAAUUCUUGAAAUGUUCCGUAUUGAGUGACCUUCAUGUCUUAAAGUAAUGAUGGACUGUCGUUUCUCUUUGCUUAUUUGAGCUGUUCUUGCCAUAAUAUGGACUUGGUCUUUUACCAAAUAGGGCUAUCUUCUGUAUAUCCCCCCUACCUUGUCACAACACAACUGAUUGGCUCAAAACGCAUUAAGAAGGAAAGAAAUUCCACAAAUUAACUUUUAACAAGGCACACCUGUUAAUUGAAAUGCAUUCCAGGUGACUACCUCAUGAAGCUGGUUGAGAGAAUGCCAAGAGUGUGCAAAGCUGUCAUCAAGGCAAAGGGUAGCUAUUUGAAGAAUCUCAAAUAUAAAAUAUAUUUUGAUUUGUUUAACACUUUUUUGGUUACUACAUGAUUCCAAUUGUGUUCUUUAAUAGUGUUGAUGUCUUCACUAUUAUUCUACAAUGUAAAAUGUUUUACAAAUAAAGAAAAACCCUUGAAUGAGUAGGUGUGUCCAAACUUUUGACUGGUAGUGUAUAGCUAAUAUCUGACCCUAGAUCAGUGAUUUAGAGCCAUCAACUACCUGCUCUUCUGUCUUUAUCUAUAGGUGUGGUACAGGGGUCGCACUCAGGGGGAUGAGUGGCUGCUGGCUCAGAGUCAUGUGACCUUACAGGAAGUCCACCAGGUGGUGUUAGAGGCCUCGGUGGGCGGAGAGGCGGGGGACAUCGCCAUCGAUGAUGUCACCUUCACCGUGGGACCCUGCGCCCCAUCAGGUACACUUCAUCAUAACUUCAUUCUGUACACUUAGUAAACUCUUCUUACUGGUGUACUCUGAUACAAGUCUUAGCAUGCAUUUGUUUGUUUGUUUGUGUGACUUUUUAUAUGUUGAUAUACCUGUAUAUCUUUAAGUAUAUGUUGAUAUACAGUAUAUUUUGUAUAUGUUGAUACACUACAUGAUCAAAAGUAUGUGGACACCUGCUCAUCGAACAUCUCAUUCCAUUAUCAUGGGCUUUAAUAAGGAGUUGGUCCCCUCUUUGCUGCUAUAACAACCUCCACUCUUCUGGGAAGGCUUUCCACUAGAUGUUGGAACAUUGCUGCGGGGACUUGCUUCUAUUCAGCCACAAGAGCAUUAGUGAGGUCGGGCACUGAUGUUGGGCAAUUAGGCCUGGCUCGCAGUCGGCGUUCCAAUUCAUCCCAAAGGUGUUCGAUGGGUUGUCAGGACUCUGUGCAGGCCAGUCAAGUUCUUCCACACCGAUCUCGACAAACCAUUUCUGUAUGGACCUUGCUUUGUGCAUGGGGGCAUUGUCAUGCUGAAACAGAAAAGGACCUUUCUCAAACUGUUGCCACAAAGUUGGAAGCACAGUAUCGUCUAGAAUGUCAUUGUACGCUGUAGCAUUAAGAUUUCCCUUCACUGGAACUAAGGAGCCUGAACCAUGAAAAACAGCCCCAGACCAUUAUUCCUCCUCCACCAAACUUACAAUUGGCACUAUGCUUUCGGGCAGGUAGCGUUCUCCUGGCAUAUAGUGUAUAUAUGUUGUAUAUCUUUAAAUAUGUUUUACCUUCCAGACCUGUGUGACUUUGAGGAGAGCAGUUGUAACUGGCUUCAGCAGGCUGAUGAUGACGGUGACUGGGUCAGGGGGUCGGGGUCCACCCCUAACCCUAACACCGGUCCGGACUACGACCACACCACCAACACCGCCACUGGACACUACUUCUACCUGCCCUCAUCAGGGAUUGACCAGCCUGGACAGACAGCCAGGAUGGCCUCCCCACUGUUCCCUGCAGGUGAAAGAGAUAUCCUGCGUCCUGUUUCUCUACCCUUCUGCUCUAAGUGUGCACUUGUUCACUUCACUUCGUGGAACUAAAAGGAAAGGACUAGUGGAAGAUUGGUGUAAACCCAUGCCAACCCCAAUGCUAUUCAUUGCAUGGGGAAGAGUGUACAAGUGCACACUUUGAGAGAAUUGGAAUGCAAUCAUAGACUGGCAGCAAUCUACUACAGAUGACAGAGGUUUUGUCUCAAACCAUACCCUAUUAUUUCACUCACGUAUAGUGUACUACCUUUGAGCAGAUCCCUAUGGAACACUGAAUAAGGAUGUGUUACCUGUCUGUCUGUUUGUGGUGUAGGUAAAGGGGUGUGUCUUCAGCUGUGGUACCACAUGUCCGGGAGGGGCAUGGGGACGCUGAAUGUGUACCAGUGGAGUGAACAAGGGAGCCAGGUAAAGCUGCUGUCCCACUCAGAGGACCAGGGGGCUCUGUGGAGGUUUGCCCAGGCAACGCUGCAGCUGGACAGGGAAGAUUACAGGGUGAGCCCAUCUUGACGCUGUGGGAUGCCAUCCUAGACCAAACACACUGAUGAUUGCUAUGCGUCGAAACACAAUGGUUUUAGUUUCUAUUCCCAUCCUCCUCCAGCAUAACACAUCCUGCAAAUUAUCCUGGUUAUCCAAUCCAAUAUUUUUUAGUAGAAUUGAUUUGUUGAGUCAUUAAGGCUCAGAUUAAUAGAAAUGGUCCUUGCUGCAUCCAUAUAACUAUAUCAGGGGUUUUCAAUCCUCUCCUCUGGGACCCCCAGCCAUUCCAUGUAUUUGAACUAUUCCACAGCUAGCACACCUGAUUCAACUUGUCAACUAAUGAACAAAGAUAGUGCCAAAGGAGAAGGGCAACAUCUUACGAGCUCCAACCCAACUUUUCUAUUUAGUGGCUUUUUUCAUGUUUACCUUUACUUUUCUUGUACAGAAGGUUCAUACUAUUAUCAAAUAUGACCGCCAAGCACUUCUGGAAAUCAGAUCGACAGUUAGUAACCUUGAUUUUGACUUCAACUCCGAUUCAGCUGUUCCCCUGUUCAUACCGGACCCUACUCCUUUGUUCCAUGGGAUACCAAAAUGCCAGAGGCAUAAACGCAGGAGACGAGGUGGAGUCCUAGUGAAAUUGAGGUCGAAGAGGAAACUGAACGGUGCUCCCCACCGUUCUAUUGGCAAAUGUCCAGUCACUCCGAGAACAAGAUGGAUGAGCUUCAUUCGAGAGUCUCCUAUUAUAGAGACUUGAAAAGCUGCAAUUUAAUAUGUCUUACUGAAACAUGGCUGGAUGAUGACGCUAUGCUCGUAGUACUCGGUGGAUUCUCCAUGCAGUGGCAGGAUCGGACGGCGGCAUCGGGGAAAAUGAAAGGAGGCAGUGUGUGUUUUUCAUAAAUAACAACUGGUGUGCUGCUUCAAGUGUGAAGGAAAUCUCUAGCUUUUUCUCACCUGAUAUAGAACACCUCAUGGUAAGCUCCAGACCCUUUUAUCUACCAAGAGAGUUCUCAUCCGUAACUAUCACAGCUGUCUACAUUCCUCCUCAGGCCAACACCACCCUGGCAAUCAACGAACUGUAUGGGGCCAUAAACAAACAAGAAACCGCUCAUCCAGAGGCAGCACUUCUACCAACAUGUCUCCUGCGCCACUAGGGGCGCUAAACCUCUAGACCACUUGUAAUCUACCUCUAGAAACGCAUACAAGGCACUCCCUCGUCCUCUCUUAGGCAAGUAUGACCAUGACUCCAUUCUCCUGCAUCCUGUUUACAAACAAAAGCUCAAACAGGAAGCACCAUUGAUGUGCUCAAUACGGAAGUGGUUGAACGAAGCAGAUGCGAGGCUACAAGACUAUUUUGCUAGUACAGACUGGGAUAUGUUCCGGGUUUCAUCCGAUAACAUUGAGGAGUUUACCACAACAGUCACAGGCUUCAUCAAUAAGUGCAUAGACGAUGUCGUCCCCACAGUGACUAUAAGAACGCAUCCCAACCAAAAACCAUGGAUUACAAGCAACAUCGGCGCUGGGCUAAAGAGCUACUGCUUACAAUGAAUGGGACACGGACAUGGACACAUACAAGAAAUCCCACUACGACCUCCGACGAGACAUCAAACAUGCAAAAGGACAAUAUAGGAGGAAAGUGGAAUCCUAUUUAACCGGCUACGAUGCUUGUCGUAAUUGGCAGGGCUUGCAGACGAUAACAGAUUACAAAGGGAAACCCAGCCAUGAGCUGCCCAGCAACACAGAACUCCCAAACAAGUGAAAUACCUUUUAUGCUCACUUCAAGGAAUAUAACACUGUGCCUCGCGUGAAAGCCCCUGCUUUUCCAGAUGACUAUGUGAUCUCGCUAUCCAUGGCCGAAGUGAGCAAAAUGUUUAAACAAUUACAAGGCAGAAGGAAUACCAGGGUGCGUUCUCAAAGCAGACCAGCUGGCAGGUGUCUUCACAGGUGUCUUCACAGACAUUUUCAAUCUCUCCUUGUCCCAGUCUGUAAUCCCAACAUGUUUCAAGCUGACCACCAUAGCCCCUGUCCCCAAGAGCUCCAAGGUAAUUAGCCUAAAUGUAAUUAUGAAGUGCUUUGAAAGGCUGGUCAUGACACACAUCAACACCAUCAUCCCAGACACCCUAGACCCAUUCCAAUUCGCAUACCGCCCCAAAAGAUCAAAAAAUGACUCAAUCUGAAUUGCACUUCACACUGCCCUCUCCCACCUGUACAAGAGGGGAAAUAGCUAUGUGAGAAUUCUGUUCAUAGACUACAGCUCAGAGGUCAACACCAUAGUCCCCUACAAGUUCAUCACCAAGCUAGGGACCCUGGGACUGAACCCCUCCCUCUGCAACUGGAUCCUGGACUUCCUGACGGGUCAGCCCAAGGUGGUGAGGGUAGGCAACAACAUCUCCGCCUCACUGACCCUCAACACAGGGGCCCUUCAGGGGUGUGUGCUUAGUCCUCUCCUGUAUUCCCUGUUCACCCACAACUGCAUGGCUGCGCACGACUCCCAACACCAUCAUCAAGAUUUCUGACGACAUGACGGUGGUAGGCCUGAUCACCGACUGCGAUGAGUCAACCUACAGGGAGGAGUUCAGAGACCAGGACAACAUCAUCUCCCUCAAUGUCAGUAAGACCAAGGAGCUGAUCGUGGAGUAUAGGAGAAAGAGGGGAGAGCACGCCCCCAUCCACAUCUAUGGGGCUGUUGUGGAGCGGGUCGAGAGCUUUAAGUUCCUUGGCGUCCACAUCGCUAAGGACUUAACAUGGUCCACACACCCUCACAGUUGUGAAGAGGGCUCGGCAGCACCUUUUCCCCCUCAGGAGGCUGAAAAGAUUUGGCAUGGGCCCUCAGAUCCUCAAAAUGUUCUACAGCUGCACCAUCGAGAGCAUCUUGACUGGUUGCAUCACCGCUUGGUAUGGCAAUUUCACCACCCUUGACCGCAAAGCGCUACUAAGAGUGGUGCGGACAGCCCGGUACAUCACUGGGGCCGAGCUCCCUGCCAUCCAGGACCUCUAUAUCAGGCGGUGAAAAAAAUUGCCAAAGAUUCCAGCCACCCAAGCCAUAGACUGUUCACUCUGCUACCACCGGCAAACGGUACCAGAGCAUCGGCUCUCAGACCAACAGUCUCAGAGACAGCUUCUACCCUCAAGCCAUAAGACUGCUAAAUAUCCAGACUGCUAAAUAGUCAAUAGUCAAUUAAUGGUACCCGAACUAGAUGCACUGACUCCAUCUUGCACUGACCCUACGCACACUCGCUAGACUUUAUUUACAUACCAUAUAUGUGACCAACCGCCUCGAUUUGGUCCUAUGUAGCAACAUUUGAAAUUGUGUUUUUUACAUUGGAUAUAAGUAGAGACUCAGAGCUACAAAAUGGUAUAUCAUACACUGCAGUUGAGGAACAAUUAAGUAAUUAUGCUUUGAAAGUUGAUAAACUUGUAACCCCACUUUUGAGAAAAUGGCCCUUGAAUGUUUUGGGAUACCUACUGGAGAGCUGUUCUGAGUCUACACCUAUUCAGCAUCGUUCACACCCUCUUAAGCCUUAGCCCCACCCACCUCUUUAAGCAUUCACAUGAGGCCAUGUGCUAAACAGAGUGAGUAAGGUACUGUAUUAAACAACCAAAGAUUUCAAGACUAAAAGUGCUGAAAGUAGUAGCCUAUAAUAAGGAAAAACUCCAGGUAAAAAUACACUUUCUCUAGUCCUUGGACUAUAGCCUAAUCUGAUUUUGAAAGUGUCCAGAUAAAAAUAUUGUAUAAAUAUUUUAUAAUUAUUAGGUGAUGCUUACCCAAAAACAAAUGUUAAAUUGAUGAGUCAUGUGAAAGAAAUGCUAUAACCACCCCCCAGCCACAUCUAGCUAAGUGGAUGGGUCACUGUUGUCUAGACAUGUACACAUGUUCAUGAAAUACAAUAGAUUGCCGUCACCUGGCUAACUUGAUGGGGCAUCUAACCAUCGGGUGAAGUGGAGUCUUUUGUUUAGACAUGUAGCUAACUAGCUAAACAAUGAACCAUAUUCCCAACCCAUAGCUACAGUACAAAAAAAUUGUCAUAACUAGCCACCAUGUGUGAAAUGCUGGACUAUGAAUAGCUAAAGCUAACCAACUACGUUCAAUGUUAGCUAGCUAGCUAGCUAACAUUAGCCUAUAACUAGCAAUACAAAUGGCUUUCUGAGUUUCAAAUAAUAUUACUACACAGAUCAUACACGUAACGUUAGCUAGCGAGCCAGCAAGCUAACGUUCGCUAGCUAGCGAACAGUACGCUUUAACUUACAAUGAAAACGACUUUCUGACAAAAUUAGAAACAUACACUACCAGUCAAAAGUUUGGACACACCUACUCAUUCAAGGGUUUUUCUUUAUUUUUACAAUUGUUUACAUUGUAGAAUAAUAUUGAAGACAUCACAACUAUGAAAUAACAUAUAUGGAAUCAUGUAGUAACCCAAAAAGUGUUAAACAAAUCAAAAUAUAUGUUAUAUUUGAGAUUCUUCAAAUAGCCACCCUUUCCCUUGAUGACAGCUUUGCACACAUUUGGCAUUCUCUCAACCAGCUUCAUGAGGAAGUCACCUGGAACGCAUUUCAAUUUACAGGUGCCUUGUUAUAAUAUUAUUAUGUGUUAUAAUUAUAUACUCUUGGCAUUAUAUCUUUCAAAAAGACUGCGGUAGCAAGGAUUAUCUACACUUACUGAGCAGCUCAUGUUACAGAAGCGUGCUACAUGGCAGACCAAUCCGAACUCACCUCUCGGCAAAAUUAUGUUCAAAUGCCUCUCCUGUGAAGUAGUGACGUGCGACAUACAGUUGAAGUCGGAAGUUUACAUACACUUAGGUUGGAGUCAUUAAAACUCGUUUUUCAACCACUCCACACAUUUCUUGUUAACAAACUAUAGUUUUGGCAAGUCGCUUAGGACAUCUACUUUGUGCAUGACACAAGUAAUUAUUCCAACAAUUGUUUACAGACAGAUUAUUUCACUUAUAAUUCACUGUAACACAAUUCCAGUGGGUCAGAAGUUUACAUACACUAAGUUGACUGUGCCUUUAAACAGCUUGGAAAAUUCCAGAAAAUGAUGUCAUGGCUUUAGAAGCUACUGAUAGGCUAAUUGACAUCAUUUGAGUUAAUUGGAGGUCUACCUGUGGAUGUAUUUCAAGGCCUACAGUGAGGGAAAAAAGAACAGUGUGAGACAGAAUAACAACAAAAAAAUCCAGAAAAAUGCAUGUCAAAAAUGCUAUAAAUUUAUUUGCAUUUUAAUGAGGGAAAUAAGUAUUUAACCCCUCUGCAAAACAUGACUUAGUACUUGGUCGCAAAACCCUUGUUGGCAAUCACAGAGGUCAGACGUUUCUUGUAGUUGGCCACCAGGUUUGCACACAUCUCAGGAGGGAUUUUGUCCCACUCCUCUUUGCAGAUCUUCUCCAAGUCAUUAAGGUUUCGAGGCUGACGUUUGGCAACUCUAACCUUCAGCUCCCUCCACAGAUUUUCUAUGGGAUUAAGGUCUGGAGACUGGCUAGGCUACUCCAGGACCUUAAUGUGCUUCUUCUUGAGCCACUCCUUUGUUGCCUUGGCCGUGUGUUUUGGGUCAUUGUCAUGCUGGAAUACCCAUCCACGACCAAUUUUCAAUGCCCUGGCUGAGGGAAGGAGGUUCUCACCCAAGAUUUGACGGUACAUGGCCCCGUCCAUCGUCCCUUUGAUGCAGUCAAGUUGUUCUGUCCCCUUAGCAGAACACCCCCAAAGUAUAAUGUUUCCACCUCCAUGUUUGAUGGUGGGGAUGGUGUUCUUGGGGUCAUAGGCAGCAUUCUUCCUCCUCCAAACAUGGCGAGUUGAGUUGAUGCCAAAGAGCUCAAUUCUGGUCUCAUCUGACCACAACACUUUCAGCCAGUUCUCCUCUGAAUCAUUCAGAUGUUCAUUGGAAAACAUCAAACGGGCUGUAUAUGUGCUUUCUUGAGCAGGGGGACCUUGCGGGCGCUGCAGGAUUUCAGUCCUUCACGGCGUAGUGUGUUACCAAUUGUUUUCUUCGUGACUAUGGUCCCAGCUACCUUGAGAUCAUUGACAAGAUCCUCCCAUGUAGUUCUGGGCUGAUUCCUCACCGUUCUCAUGAUCAUUGCAACUCCACGAGGUGAGAUCUUGCAUGGAGCCCCAGGCCGAGGGAGAUUGACAGUUAUUUUGUGUUUCUUCCAUUUGCGAAUAAUCGCACCAACUGUUGUCACCUUCUCACCAAGCUGCUUGCCGAUGGUCUUGUAGCCCAUUCCAGCCUUGUGUAGGUCUACAAUCUUGUCCCUGACAUCCUUGGAGAGCUCUUUGGUCUUGGCCAUGGUGGAGAGUUUGGAAUCUGAUUGAUUGAUUGCUUCUGUGGACAGGUGUCUUUUAUACAGGUAACCUAGCUUCUUGAAACGGGUCACACACUAGUGUGCUCCUAAUCUCAGCUCGUUACCUGUAUAAAAGACACCUGGGAGCCUGAAAUCCUUCUGAUUGAGAGGGGGUCAAAUACUUAUUUCCCUCAUUAAAAUGUAAAUCAAUUUAUAACAUUUUUGACAUGCGUUUUUCUGGAUUUUGUUGUUGUUAUUCUGUCUCUCACUGUUCAAAUAAACCUACCGUUAAAAUUAUAGACUGAUCAUUUCUUUGUCAGUGGACAAACGUACAAAAUCAGCAGGGGAUCAAAUACUUUUUUCCCUCACUGUACCUUCAAACUCAUUGCCUCUUGCUUGUCAUCAUGGGAAAAUCAAAAGAAAUUAGCCAAGACCUCAGAAAAAAAUGGUAGACCUCCACAAGUCUGGUUCAUCCUUGGGAGCAACUUCCAAACACCUGAAGGUACCACGUUAAUCUGUACAAACAAUAGUACGCAAGUAUAAACACCAUGGGACCACGCAGCCGUCAUACCGCUCAGGAAGGAGACAUGUUCUGUCUCCUAGAGAUGAAUGUACUUUGGUGCGAAAAGUGCAAAUAAAUCCCAGAACAACAGCAAAGGACCUUGUGAAGAUGCUGGAGGAAACAGGUACAAAAGUAUCUAUAUCCACAGUAAAACGAGUCCUAUAUCGACAUAACCUGAAAGGCCGCUCAGCAAGGAAGAAGCCACUGCUCCAAAACCGCCAUAAAAAAGCCUGACUACGGUUUGCAACUGCACAUGGGACAAAGAUCAUACUUUUUGGAGAAAUGUCCUCUGGUCUGAUGAAACAAAAAUAGAACUGUUUGGCCAUAAUGACCAUCGUUAUGUUUGGAGGAAAAAGGGGUCUGCUUGCAAGCCGAAGAACACCAUCCCAACCGUGAAGCACGGGGGUGGCAGCUUCAUGCUUUGGGGGUGCUUUGCUGCAGGAGGGACUGGUGCACUUCACAAAAUAGAUGGCAUCAUGAGGAAGGAAAAUUAUGUGGAUAUAAUGAAGCAACAUCUGAAGACAUCAGUCAGGAAGUUAAAGCUUGGUCGCAAAUAGGUCUUCCAAAUGGACAAUGACCCCAAGCAUACUUCCAUAGUUGUGGCAAAAUUGCUUAAAAACAACAAAGUCAAGGUAUUGGAGUGGCCAUCACAAAGCCCUGACCUUAAUCCUAUAGAACAUUUGUGGGCAGAACUGAAAAAGCGUGUGUGAGCAAGGAGGCCUACAAACCUGACUCAGUUACACGAGCUCUGUCAAGAGGAAUGGGCCAAAAUUCACCCAACUUAUUGUGGGAAGCUUGUGGAAGGCUAACUGAAACGUUUGACCCAAGUUAAACAAUUUAAAGGCAAUGCUACCAAAUACUAUUUGAGUGUAUGUAAACUUCUGACCCACUGGGAAUGUGAUGAAAGAAAUAAAAGCUGAAAUAAAUCAUUCUCUCUACUAUUAUUCUGACAUUUCACAUUCUUAAAAUAAAGUGGUGAUCCUAACUGACCUAAGACAGGGAAUUUUACUAGGACUAAAUGUCAGGAAUUGUGAAAAACUGAGUUUAAAUGUAUUUGGCUAAGGUGUAUGUAAAUUUACGACUUCAACUGUAUGCCUAGCUUCUUGAAACGGGUCACAUAUACACACUAACUCACACUAAACUGUCACUCCCACACAAAUCCCUCACACAUUCAAACACUACAUACACACGCACACACACACACACACACACACACACACACACACAUACAGUGGGGGAAAAAAGUAUUUAGUCAGCCACCAAUUGUGCAAGUUCUCCCACUUAAAAAGAUGAGAGAGGCCUGUAAUUUUCAUCAUAGGUACACGUCAACUAUGACAGACAAAAUGAGAAAGAAUAAUCCAGAAAAUCACAUUGUAGGAUUUUUAAUGAAUUUAUUAGCAAAUUAUGGUGGAAAAUAAGUAUUUGGUCAAUAACAACAUUUUCUCAGUACUUUGUUAUAUACCCUUUGUUGGCAAUGACGCAGGUCAAACGUUUUCUGUAAGUCUUCACAAGGUUUUCACACACUGUUGCUGGUAUUUUGGCCCAUUCCUCCAUGCAGAUCUCCUCUAGAGCAGUGAUGUUUUGGGGCUGUCGCUGGGCAACACAGACUUUCAACUCCCUCCAAAGAUUUUCUAUGGGGUUGAGAUCUGGAGACUGGCUAGGCCACUCCAGGACCUUGAAAUGCUUCUUACGAAGCCACUCCUUCGUUGCCCGGGCAUAAAAAAUCCUACAAUGUGAAUUUCUGGAGAGAAAAAAAUCUCAAUUUGUCUGUCAUAGUUGACGUGUACCUAUGAUGAAAAUUACAGGUCUCUCUCAUCUUUUUAAGUGGGAGAACUUGCACAAUUGGUGGCUGACUAAAUACUUUUUUUACCCACUGUAACACACACACACAUACCGACACUACAAAACAAACAUACAUACACAAACGCACACUCACACACACUCACUUUUACACUCAUCAUUUGCUGCUCAAGUACCUUGUACCUCUGCACAUUGGUCUGGUACUGGUACUCCCUGUGUAUUUGUAUUAAUUAUGGAUCCCCAUUAGCAGCUACUCUUCAUGGGGUCCAGCAAGAUUAAGGCAGUUAUACAAUUUUAAAAACAUUAAGUAUGUGCCCUCAGGCCCCUACUCUACUACUACAUAUCUACAACACAAAAUCCAUAUGUACGUGUGUGUAUAGUGGGUAUGUUAUUGUGUGUGUGUAUGCAUGUGUCUGUGCCUAUGUUUGUGUUGCUUCACAGUCCCCGCUGUUCCAUAAGGUGUAUUUUUAUCUAUUUUUUAAAUCUAAUUUUACUGCUUGCAUGAGUUACUUGAUGUGGAAUAGAGUUCCAUGUAGUCAUGGCGCUAUGUAGUACUGUGCGCCUCCCAUAGACUGUUCUGGAUUUGGGGACUGUGAAGACCGCUCUGGUGGCAUGUCUUGUGUGGUAUGCAUGGGUGUACGAGCUGUGUGCCAGUAGUUCAAACAGACAGCUCGGUGCAUUCAACAUCUCAAAACCUCUCACAAAUACAAGUAGUGAUGAAGUCAAUCUCUCCUCCACUUUGAGCCAGGAGAGAUUGACAUGCAUAUUAUUAAUGUUAGCUCUCUGUGUACAUCCAAGGGCCAGCCGUGCUGCCCUGUUCUGAGCCAAUUGCAAUUUUCCUAAGUCCCUCUUUGUGGCACCUGACCACACGACUGAACAGUAGUCCAGGUGCAACAAAACUAGGGCCUGUAGGACCUGCCUUGUUGAUAGUGCUGUUAAGAAGGCAGAGGAGCGUUUUAUUAUGGACAGACUUCUCCCCAUCUUAGCUACUGUUGUAUCAAUAUGUUUUGACCAUGACAGUUUAAAAUCCUCAAUUUCCACAUUAUUCAUUACAAGAUUUAGUUGAGGUUUAGGAUUUAGUGAAUGAUUUGGCCCAAAUACAAUGCUUUUAGUUUUUGAUAUAUUUAGGACUAACUUAUUCCUUGCCACCCAUUCUAAAACUAACUGCAGCUCUUUGCUAAGUGUUGCAGUCAUUUCAGUCGCUGUAGUAGCUGACGUGUAUAGUGUUGAGUCAUCUGCAUACAUCGACACACUGGUUCUACUCAAAGCCAGUGGCGUGUCGUUAGUUAAGAUUUAAAAAAGUAAGGGGCCUACAUAGCUGCCCUGGGGAAUUCCUGAUUCUACCUGGAUUAUGUUGGAGAGGAUUCCAUUAAAGAACACCCUCUGUGUUCUGUUAGACAGGUAACUCUUUAUCCACAAUAUAGCAGGGGGUAUGAAGCCAUAACACACACGUUGUUUCAGCAGCAGACGAUGAUCGAUAAUGUCAAAAGCCGCACUGAAGUCUAACAAAACAGCCCCCACAAUCUCUUUAUCUUAAAUGUCUCUCUGCCAAUCAUCAGUCAUUUGUGUAAGGGCUGUGCUUGUUCCCUAUAAGUGUGCUGAAAGUCUGUUGUCAAUUUGUUUACUGUAAAAUAGCAUUGUAUCUGGUCAAACACCAUUUUUUCCAAAAGUUUUCUAAGGUUUGGAAACAGGCUCAUUGGUCAGCUAUUUGAGCCAGUAAAGGUGGCUUUACUAUUCUUAGGUAGCUGAAUUACUUUUGUUUCCCUCCAGGCCUGAGGGCAAACACUUUCUAGUAGGCUUAAAUUGAAAAUAUGGCAAAUAGGAGUGGCAAUAUUGUCCACUAUUAUCCUCAGUAAUUUUCCAUCCAAGUUGUUAGACCCCGGUGGCUUGCCAUUGUUGAUAGACAACAAUAAUUAUUUAACCUCUUCCACAUGGAAUAAAAAAUUACAAUGCUUGUCUUUCAUAAUUUGGUCAGAUAUACUUGGGUGUGUAGUGUCAGGGUUUGUUGCUGUCAUGUCAUGCCUAAGUUUGCUAAUCUUGCCAAUGAAAAAAUCAUUAAAGUAGUUGGCAAUGUCAGUGGGUUUUGUGAUGAAUGAGCCAUCUGAUUCAAUGAAUGAUGGAGCUGAGUUUGCCUUUUCCCAAAAAAUUUCAUUUAAGGUGCUCCAAAGCUUUUUACUAUCAUUUUUUGUCAUUUAUCUUUGUUUCAUAGUUUAGUUUAUUUUCUUUUAUUCAGUUUAGUCACAUGAUUUCUCAAUUUGCAGUACAUUUGCCAAUCGGUUGUGCAGCUAGAUUUAUUAGCCAUUCCGUUUGCCUAAUCCCUCUCAACCAUAUCAUUUUUCAAUUCCUCAUCAGUCCACGGGGAUUUAACAGUUUCUACUGUCAUUUUCUUAAUGGGUGCAUGCUUAUAAGUAACUGGGAUAAGCAACCUCAUAAAUGUGUCAAGUGCAGAGUCUGGUUGCCCUUCAUUACACACCACGGACCAACAAAUAUUCUUAACAUCAACAACAUAGGAAUCAAAACGUAUUGCAUGACCUCUUAUACACUAUAUUAGGCCCAGCCUUUGGAACUUUGGUUUUCCUAUAUUGUGAUCACUACAUCCGAUGGAUGUGGAUACUGCUUUAAAGCAGCAUUAGUAAAGAUGUGAUCAAUACAUGUUGAUGAUUUCAUUCCUGUGCUGUUUGUAACUACCCUGGUAGGUUGACUGAUAGCCUGAACCAGGUUGCAGGCACUAGUUACAGUUUAAAGCUUUCUCUUGAGUGGGCAGCCUGAUGAAAGCCAGUCAGUAUUUAAAUAACCCAGAAAAGAUACCUCUCUAUUGAUAUCACAUACAUUAUCAAGCAUUUCACACGUUAUCCAGAUACUGACUGUUAGCUCUUGGUGGUCUAUAGCAGCUUCCCACCAGAAUGGGCUUUAGGUGAGGCAGAUGAACUUGUAGCCACAUUACUUCAACAGUAUUUAACAUGAGAUUCUCUCUAAGCUUUACAGAAAUGUGGUUCUGAAUAUAAACGGCAACACCUCCACCUUUGGCAUUUCUGUAUUUUCUGUAGAUCUUAUAACCAUGUAUUGCUACCACUGUAUUCAUCAAAGGUAUUAUCUAAGUGAGUUUCAGAGAUUGUCAGAAUAUGAAUGUCAUCUGUUACUAGCAAAUUAUUGAUUUCAUGAACCUUCUUUCUUAAGCUACAUACAGUGCAUUCGGAAAGUAUUCAGACCCCUUGACUUUUUCCACAUUUUGUUACAUUACAGCCUAUUUCUAAAAUUGAUUAAAUACAUGUUUUUACUCACCAAUCUACACACAAUACCCCAUAAAGACAAAGCGAAAACAGGUUUUUAUAAAUUUUUGCAAACGUAUUACAAAUCAAAAACAGAAAUACCUUAUUUACAUAAGUAUUCAGACCCUUUGCUAUGAGACUCGGAAUUGAGCUCAGGUGCAUGCUGUUUCCAUUGAUCAUCCUUGAGAUGUUUUUACAACUUGAUUGGAGUCCAGCUGUAGUAAAUUCAAUUGAUUGGACAUGAUUUGGAAAGGCACACACCUGUCUAUAUAAGGUCCCACAGUUGACAGUGCAUGUCAGAGCAAAACCCAAGCCAUGAGGUCGAAGGAAUUGAGAGAGAGUUCUUCUGUGGAGAUGGGAGAACCUUCCAGACGGACAACCACCUCUGCAGCACUCUACCAAUCAGGCCAUUAUGGUAGUGGCCAGACGGAAUCCACUCCUCAGUAAAAGGCACAUGACAGCCCGCUUGGAGUUUGCCAAAAGGCACCUAAACACUCUCAGACCAUGAGAAACAAGAUUCUCAUGUCUGAUGAUACCAAGAUUGAACUCUUUGGCCUGAAUGCCAAGCGUCAUGUCUGGAGGAAACCUGACACCAUCUCUACGGUGAAGCAUAGUGGUGGCAGCAUCAUGCUUUGGGGAUGUUUUUCAGCGGCAGGGACUGGGAGACUAGUCAGGAUUGAGGGAAAGAUGAACGGAGCAAAGUACAGAGAUAUCCUUGAUGAAAACCUGCUCCAGAGCACUCAGGACCUCCGACUGGGGCGGAGGUUCACCUUCCAACAGGAUAACGACCCUAAGCACACAGCCAAGACACCACAGGAGUGACUUCAGGACAAGUCUCUGAAUGUCCUUGAGUGGCCCAGCCAGAGCCCAGACUUGAACCCAAUCAAAAAUCUCUGGAGAGACCUGAAAAUAAUUGUGCAGCGACGCUCCCCAUGCAACCUAACCGAGCUUGAGAGGAUCUGCAGAGAAGAAUGGGAGAAACUCCCCAAAUACAGGUGUGCCAAGCUUGUAGCAUCAUACCCAAGAAGACUCAAGGCUGUAAUCGCUGCCAAAGGUGCUUCAACAAAGUACUGAGUAAAGGGUCUGAAUACUUAUGUAAAUGUGAUAUUUCCAGUUUUUUUUUUAUACAUUUGCAAAAAAAAUUGCUUUGUCAUUAUGGGGUUUUGUGUGUAGAUCAAUUUUAGAAUAAGGCUGUAACAUAACACAAUGUGGAAAAAGUCAAGGGGUCUGAAUACUUUCCGAAUGCACUGUAUGUUAUAGUGGGCUAUUUUUAGCACUUUUCUGGGAUGCUUGAUUGUUUUAUUGCUUUACUGGGAAGCUUAGCAGAGGUAGACAUGCUCAUGUUAUUUAUGUUAGUGCAGGGGGAGCUGCACACAGUGGACUUCCUACUAGGGCACACCGCCUGAGUGCUAACAGUAUCACUCUGGUUCAUAGGCACAUUAUUACUGCAUACAAUAGCUGUGGGAUCAGCAGAGGCAUUCAGGGCAGUAAGAGGGACAUAAAUUAGGUAACUUUCAUUGUGUCUUCCAAUGCCCCUGGGAUAAUGUACAUUUGCUGAAGCAUUAUGACAACUCAGCGACACAAUGGUAGGGAUUAAAUGAGCUGGGCUUGGGUUAUUGAUAAGUCAUUGUCUCAACCAGCCUUAUAAUGUUGUGAAAGGAUCCAGGAACUCAAAUGAUUUGGGUGGAUCCCAUCCUCCUUAUAAUACGAUUUGUUUCCAGAAGGUAUCAAAAUUGUCAAUAAAUGUUACACCCACAGAGCUGCAAUAGUUUCGUAGCCAGUUAUGGAGGGCUAAAAGUCUGCUGAACCGUUCAAUGCCACGAUUUAGGGGGGGCAGAGGGCCAGGUAUUAUGGGGCAUUUGUUGGUGUCAAGUAGUGACCCAAUCAGUUCUUUAAAAUCCAUCUUCAGCUUUUCUGAGCUAAGCUUCAUAAUGUCAAUGGAUCCCACAUGAACUAUGAUAGACUCAAUUUCUUGAUGCUGCUUUAAAAUAUAGCUCCACCUGGGGCGGCAGGUAGCUUAGUGGUUAAGAGCGUUGUGCUAGUAACCAAAAGGUCGCUGGUUCUAAUCCCUGAGCCAACUAGGUGAAAAAUCUGUUGAUGUGCCCUUGAGCAAGGCACUUAACCCUAAUUGCUCCUGUAAGUCGCUCUGGAUAAGAGCGUCUGCUAAAUGGCCCAAAAAUAUAUAUAAAAAAAUAAAAUAAAAUAGCUCCAUUCUUGUGUAUUUUAUUUUAUUCCUCUUGUGUUAGUUACUAUUUUAUUUUUUAUUAUAAUUAUUUUAACUCUGCAUUGUUGGGAAAGGUUCAUUACAUGCUGACCAGACCGCAUGCAUGUUGAUAUUUUCCUUCCACAUCAGACAAGAUCAGGACACGCAGGUUGAAAUAUCAAAACAAAAUCUGAACCAACUAAAUUUAUAUUAAUUUGGGGACAGGUCGAAAAGCAUUGAACAUUUAUGGCAAUUUAGCUAGCUAGCAUGUUGUUGCUAGCUAAUUUGUCCUGGGAUAUAAACAUUGGGUUGUUAUUUUACCUGAAAUGCACAAGGUCCUCUACUCCAACAAUUAAUCCACAGAUAAAACGGUAAACCAAGUUCAGGCUUCCUUCAGGCUUCUUCUUCUUUGGACUUUAUAUGUUGGUUGGCAACCAACUUUAAGAUGCAUUACCACCACUGACUGGAGUGUGGACCUCAGUUCAUCUUUCAAUCACCCAGGUGGGUAUAUGCUCCUAAAAACCAAUGAGGAGAUGGGAGAGGCAGUACUUGCAGCGCGUCAAGCAUCACAAAUAGAACCAAGUUCUAUUUUAGCGCCUGGCCACGCAGACACGCGCGAGCAGUGUGAGUGCAAUGAUUGAAUUACAUGUAUGUGUACAUUUAUUUUCCAACGCUCGCGCACGUGACGUGUCCGGUCUGGUCAGCAUGUAAGCAAGCAUUUCACUGUAAGGUCUACAACAAUUGUAUUCGGCGUGUGUGACAAAUGCCAUUUUAUUUUAUUUAAUCAUCAAGCUCUUGAAUAGGUGUAUCAGGUGAAUCAGGUGAGCUAUUUCAGGGCUACAACAAAAUUGUGAAACGUCUGGAGGUCCACAAGGAGAGGUUUGAAAACCACUGCUGUAUAUUAUGGUGAUUAUGUUUCUGGUGGUUCUCAAAGCUGUUAUGUUGUUUCAGAUCAUUGUGGAGGGGGUGAAGGGGAGCAGUGAUGAGGGGGACAUGGCCUUUGAUGACAUCCUGGUAACCAGCAGCCCCUGUCCUCCACCUGGACACUGUGACUUCCAGACCAACCUGUGUGGCUGGACCAACGUGGCCAUGGCAGGGGUGGAUGAGGGGGACUGGCUGAGGAGCAGAGGGGCCUCCCUGAACCCCAACACUGGGCCCAGUGUGGACCACACCACCAACUCCUCCCUAGGUGAGCAUGGGUCAUGUUCAGUACGGCACAACAUAGCAAAAUAUUUUCAAACAGAGAAUGAAAAUGUGCGUUCUUAUUGUUGAAGUAAAGGUAUGAUUGUCUCUGUUUCCAAACAUUUUGAAAGUUUUUGUGUUACGUGUACCUGUCCUGUGGGAAAAAACGCAGGGGAUGUGGCUGACGUGCAAAGGGCUAUUUAAUUUAAUUUCGAAUUUGUUAAAAUUAGGUUAUGGUUAGGGUUAGGACACAUGUCAAACAAAAGGCCCGCGGGCUGAAUCCUCCCCGUGACACAUUUCUAUCCGGCCCACACAGUGAUUUGGGUUGUCAAUUCAUUUUGUCCCGCUUCCAUACAGCCCGCGAUGCAUUGUCACAACCAACGUGCUGCACGCCAAACGGCAGUGCACUGCCACACACACACCCCUCCUCCCAGACCCACCCACACACGAGCCAGCCAGAGCACUGUAUCAUAUCAUCACUAAUGGCACUGACCGAAUCUUCUACCAGACUGAAAGUUUUAAACGUGUUGUAGGCGAAAUGUCCAUGCCAAGUUUAGUUUCCAAUGGGUUACUACAAAACAUAAUGGGGCGGUUUCCUGGACACAGAUUAAGCCUAAUCCUGGACUAAAAAGCAAGAUAAAUGGAAAGAAUCUCCAUUGAAAGCACUUUUUAGUCCAGUACUAGGCUAGGCUUAAUCUGUGUCCGGGAAACCGGCCCUUUGCGUGCACCAUACAGCAGAUGAGGCUGGUGGGAGGAGCUUUAGGAGGACAGGCUUAUUGGAAUGGCUGGACUGGAAUGAAUGGAACAGUAUCAAACAUAUGGAAACCACAUGUUUGACUCUGUUCCAUUUAUUCCAUUACAACCAUUACCUGUCCUCCUAUAGCUCCUCCCACCAGCCUCCACUGCCAUACAGCAAUGCCGCAUUCAACCGCACCGGUGAUCCAUGCAGUGCAAAAAAAUGAAAAACAUGUUUUCAGUUAAAUGUUACAACAACCUACCUAAGUUUUUGUUAUUUGGAGUUAUUAAAUUGUCUUUUAUUAGGGUCGCAGCAUGUAGCCUAAUGCACAUCUGCAAGCAGCAAAGGCUGGACACAUGUAUCUUUUUUUUAAAAUAUGUGUAUAAAAUGCUAUAUACAGCAUCCUAUGUACAUAGGUGGACAUUAUGAAGGGCCAUAUUUUUUCUAAUAAAAAAAUGGCCAGUUUGUGUUUUUUCAGUAUGGCCCUUGCACUGAUUGAGUUUGACACACCUGGGUUAGGGUUAAGGUUAAGGGUUUGGAUAAAGGGACAGCCCAACUAACCAAAAUAUAUAACUGACCCUUACCUUAACCCUAACAUUAAAGGGAUAGUUCAGGAUUUUGUCAAGUUCCCUUUAUCUACUUCCUCAGAGUCAGAUGAACAAGUGGAUAUCAUUUUUAUGUAUCUGCGUCCAGAAUAAAGGAGGUCAGAGGUAGUUUCGCAAGCCAAUGCUAACUAGCUUUUGACGCAAUGACUGGAAGUCUACAUAGACUUCCAGUCAUUACGCUAACGCUAGUUAGCAAUUGCGCUAACGCUAGUUAGCAACUUCUUUCAAACUGCACGCAGAUACAUAAAAAUGGUAUCCACGAGUUAAACUGACUCUUGGAAGUAGAUAAAGGGAACUUGCCAAAAUCCAGUACUAUCCCUUUAAGGUUAGGGUUAAGGUUCAGUUAUAUAUUUUGGCUAUUCUGGCUGUCAAUGGGAUGCUGGUCAGAAAAGGCUCCUUAGUCGCUCCCUGUCCUGUCUCCUCCCAGGUUACUACCUGUAUGUGGACAGUUCUGUGGGCCAAUGGGGAGACAGAUCCAUGCUGUUGAGUGAGAUACUGCAGCCGGACAGCAGGGGGUACUGUCUGACAUUCUGGUUUCACAUGUAUGGCCCUCACAUCGGGACCCUCAACCUCUACAGCAAUGACAGGUGGGUACGAUCGUGUUAUGGAUGGAUGGAUGGAUGGAUGGAUGGAUGGAUGGACGGACGGACGGACGGACAGACAGACAGACAGACAGACAGACAGACAGACAGACAGACAGACAGACAGACAGACAGACAGACAGACAGACAGACAGACAGACAGACAGACAGACAGACAGACAGACAGACAGACAGACAGACAGACAGACAGACAGACAGACAGACAGACAGACAGACAGACAGACAGACAGACAGACAGACAGACAGACAGACAGACAGACAGACAGACAGACAGACAGACAGUUGGGUUGGUGGAUGGAUGGGAGUAUGAAUGGGUGGAUUGAUUGGUUUAUUGAUUGGUUUAUUCUUUCAUUCCCCCAGUAAACAGCAUGCUAGUGGAGGUGCAGUUGAUGUCUUGUGGAUGGAGUCAGGCAGCCAGGGAGACGUGUGGUUGGAGGGCAGCGUAUAUGUGGAUUAUACACAGCCAUUCUGGGUAAGUGUCUACAGUCAUAAGUAUUAAGUAACUAAUUUAACUCUUCAGGGAGGCUUUAUAUUUUGUGGUUGUUGUAGUGGCCAGGAAACCAUACAAGGAUCUUCUUAAAUGUAUAUUUGUUUUCUCCAGGACAAAAAAAACAUAAUAAAAUAGAUGCAAAUGCUCUAUGUGGCUAAGUUAGACUUGCUGCUCUAUGUACGUUUUGUUCCUGGUUUGAUUAAACAUUACUGUACUACUGUAUUAGUGUGUGACUACCUGUGUCAUAAACCACAAUUCCCAAUUCCCAGGCUUCCAAGCCAAGUCAUGAACAAGACUUGGAAGUAUGGUAAUGUGAGACUGCUGUGUCACUAAUUAUACUGUGUAUGUCUGUGAUUAUAUAAAGGCUGUGUCCUGUCCCCUCCACAGUUUGUGUUCAUGUACUGGAGGGGCCGGGCCCCCGGCGGUGAUGUGGCUCUAGAUGACAUCACCAUCCAGCCUGGUCACUGCUACAACACCGUACCCACAGACACUCCAACUCCUACUACAGAUAGUAGGCCUCUCUCUGUAUUGUACUAGACUGUGCUAGACUGUGCUGUGCUCUACUGCACUGCACUAGGCUGGACUGGACUACACUGCACUGAUCUGUAUUGUACUGGACUGGGCUGGACUUGUUCUUACUGGGCUGGAAUGUCUGAUCAAUGGUCACUCAGCCCUCAGGUUUAGACUUUUGGCGUAGUCGGCAGGAUGGUAUUAGGAUGAAUUUACUAACUACCCCUUUUGACAAGGGUGUUACACUAAUGUGCACAAUGAUACAAACAAAUGUACAAUGUACACUAACUUUUGAAUUCUCUAAUGUGUUCUUGUACCUACAGAUUCAUUGUAUGUGUGGUUGGGAGGGGUUUUCUCUCUGCUGGUGCUGACUGUCAUCGCCACUGUUCUCUUUGCACUCCAACGGAAACGCUCCACCAAGUAUGUCAUGAUGAGAAUGAUGAUGAUGAUAAAGUUGGUAAUAAUGAAUUGGUGAUGUCUUUGAUGAUGAUUAUGAUAUUUGUGGUUACAAUGUAAAAUAGAUCAAACGAUAUCUGAUCACAACAGAUAUAAUUCAGUGACAUCUUCCCCACAGCCUACCUAAACCUCUGGAAAAUAAUGUCCCUGUUUUCAAUCCUAACAACGUAAGUAUAAUUACAUGAUUACAUAAAAUACUGAACACUAUCACAAAAUCAUAUUCUAUACUGUUAAAAGUUAUGACUGUCAUUGCCAUAAUGAAAAAGUGUGUUUGAGAGCCAUAUUGGCCAAGUUGUGCUCUGUCUAGGACUAUAUAAAGAUACUCAGUUUUUAUUUCCAGGCUUUAGAACACGGAAGGGACUCUGACCUGUCAUUCUUCAACAUCUUGUAUGAUUCCUCUUCAGACACUGCAGAGUUCAGAGUGGUUGCCUCUGAUGCUUGAGGAGGAAUAACUCCAAACCGUUCUCAUAAUUGUUCUCAUGAGCUCAUAACCAAAAAAAGUUACAAUGUACACUAGGGACAGCAGUUGAAAAUUUGCUGGCUGGCUAAAACCGUCCCUUUUACUGAAACAUUGAUUCAUGUGCGCUAUCCCUGUAAAACUUAAAAUAAACUCAACUUCAAACUCAAACACUACUAAGCACAGUGUCAACUGAAGUGUAUAAGCAACAGUUUGUAUCUAACAGUAUUCAUAUUAUAGUCUUAGGAAAGCUCUAUUGAUAUAUGUUUAUUAUUUUAUGCUCGGGAAUUGCAUUUACCAUAGUGACAAUGUUGAUAAAGAUCAAUAGCUAUGUUAAAAAGUGAUAUAUUCAUAAUGACAUUACAUAAACCAACAACCAGAAAUCUUUGUAGCUGUUUCACUUUACUGUAAUAAAUGGUUAUUUACAAGUUUCUUCUUCAGUCUUUGCCUCUCUAACCUGUAAAUAAGACAACCAUAUCCUGCCUCAUCCCUAGCCCUCUCUCCAAGCCCCAUCCGCAGCCCUCUCUCCCAGCCCCAUCCCCAGUCCCCAGACCUCUCUCCAAGCCCCAUUCCCAGCCCUCUAUCCACCCCCAUCCCCAGUCCCCAGACCUCUCUCCAAGCCCCAUUCCCAGCCCUCUAUCCACCCCCAUCCCCAGUCCCCAGACCUCUCUCCAAGCCCCAUUCCCAGCCCUCUAUCCACCCCCAUCCCCAGUCCCCAGACCUCUCUCCAAGCCCCAUUCCCAGCCCUCUAUCCACCCCCAUCCCCAGUCCCCAGACCUCUCUCCAAGCCCCAGCCCACUAUCCAUCAAUCCCAGGUCCCAGACUCAGUUCAGCCAUGCCCUGGCACAUCCAGCAGAGACAUGGUAGCAAACACCUAGACUUCCUCUGAUCGCUGUCUCUCUCUGCCAGACACACUGGCAUAACACAGUUUCUCUGGACCCCCGCAAGGUCGGAUUUCUUGUUAACAAACUAUAGUUUAGGCAAGUCAGUUAGGACUAUCUACUUUGUGCAUGACACAAGUCAUUUUUCCAACAAUUGUUUACAGACAGAUUAUUUCACUUAUAAUUCACUGUAUCACAAUUCCAGUGUGUCAGAAGUUUACAUACACUAAGUUGACUGUGCCUUUAAACAGCUUGGAAAAUUCCAGAAAAUUAUGUCAUGGCUUUAGAAGCUUCUGUUAGGCUAAUUGAUAUAAUUUGAGUCAAUUGGAGGUGUACCUGUGGAUGUAUUUCAAGGCCUACCUUCAAACUCAGUGCCUCUUUGCUUGAAAUCAGGGGGAAAAUCAAAAGAAAUCAGCCAAGACCUCAUAAAAAAAAUUGUAGACCUCCACAAGUCUGGUUCAUCAUUGGGAGCCUUUUCCAAACGCCUGAAGGUACCACGUUCAUCUGUACAAACAAUAGUACGCAAAUAUAAACACCAUGGGACUGUCUCCUAGAGAUGAGCAUACUUUGGUGCGAAAAGUGCAAAUCAAUCCCAGAACAACAGCAAAGGACCUUGUGAAGAUCCUGGAGGAAACCGGUACAUACAGUGGGGAGAACAAGUAUUUGAUACACUGCCGAUUUUGCAGCUUUUCCUACUUACAAAGCAUGUAGAGGUCUGUAAUUUGUAUCAUAGGUACACUUCAACUGUGAGAGAUGGAAUCUAAAACAAAAAUCCAGAAAAUCACAUUGUAUGAUUUUUAAGUAAUUAAUUUGCAUUUUAUUGCAUGACAUAAGUAUUUGAUCACCUAGCAACCAGUAAGAAUUCCGGCUCUCACAGACCUGUUAGUUUUUCUUUAAGAAGCCCUCCUGUUCUCCACUCAUUACCUGUAUUAACUGCACCUGUUUGAACUCGUUACCUGUAUAAAAGACACCUGUCCACACACUCAAUCAAACAGACUCCAACCUCUCCACAAUGGCUAAGACCAGAGAGCUGUGUAAGGACAUCAGGGAUAAAAUUGUAGACCUGCACAAGGCUGGGAUGGGCUACAGGACAAUAGGCAAGCAGCUUGGUGAGAAGGCAACAACUGUUGGCGCAAUUAUUAGAAAAUGGAAGAAGUUCAAGAUGACGGUCAAUUACCCUCGGUCUGGGGCUCCAUGCAAGAUCUCACCUCGUGGGGCAUCAAUGAUCAUGAGGAAGGUGAGGGAUCAGCCCAGAACUACACGGCAGGACCUGGUCAAUGACCUGAAGAGAGCUGGGACCACAGUCUCAAAGAAAACCAUUAGUAACACACUACACCGUCAUGGAUUAAAAUCCUGCAGCGCACGCAAGGUCCCCCUGCUCAAGCCAGCGCAUGUCCAGGCCCGUCUGAAGUUUGCCAAUGACCAUCUGGAUGAUCCAGAGGAGGAAUGGGAGAAGGUCAUGUGGUCUGAUGAGACAAAAAUAGAGCUUUUUGGUCUAAACUCCACUCGCCGUGUUUGGAGGAAGAAGAAGGAUGAGUACAACCCCAAGAACACCAUCCCAACCGUGAAGCAUGGAGGUGGAAACAUCAUUCUUUGGGGAUGCUUUUCUGCAAAGGGGACAGGACGACUGCACCAUAUUGAGGGGAGGAUGGAUGGGGCCAUGUAUCGCGUGAUCUUGGCCAACAACCUCCUUCCCUCAGUAAGAGCAUUGAAGAUGGAUCGUGGCUGGGUCUUCCAGCAUGACAAUGACCCCAAACACACAGCCAGGGCAACUAAGGAGUGGCUCCGUAAGAAGCAUCUCAAGGUCCUGGAGUGGCCUAGCCAGUCUCCAGACCUGAACCCAAUAGAAAAUCUUUGGAGGGAGCUGAAAGUCCAUAUUGCCCAGCGACAGCCCCGAAACCAGAAGGAUCUGGAGAAGGUCUGUAUGGAGGAGUGGGCCAAAAUCCCUGCUGCAGUGUGUGCAAACCUGGUCAAGACCUACAGGAAACGUAUGAUCUCUGUAAUUGCAAACAAAGGUUUCUGUACCAAAUAUUAAGUUCUGCUUUUCUGAUGUAUCAAAUACUUAUGUCAUGCAAUAAAAUGCGAAUUAAUUACUUAAAAAUCAUACAAUGUGAUUUUCUGGAUUUUUGUUUUAGAUUCCGUCUCUCACAGUUGAAGUGUACCUAUGAUAAAAAUUACAGACCUCUACAUGCUUUGUAAGUAGGAAAACCUGCAAAAUCGGCAGUGUAUCAAAUACUUGUUCUCCCCACUGUAAGUAUCUAUAUCCACAGUAAAACGAGUCCUAUAGCGACAUAACCUGAAAGGCCGCUCAGCAAGGAAGAAGCCACUGCUCCAAAACCGCCGUAAAAAAAGCCAGACUACGGUUUGCAACUGCACAUGGGGAGAAAGAUCGUACUUUUUGGAGAAAUGUUCUCUGGUCUGAUGAAACAAACAUAAAAUGGUUUGGCCAUAAUGACCAUAGUUAUGUUUGGAGGAAAAAGGGGGCUGCUUGCAAGCUGAAGAACACCAUCCCAACUGUGAUUCACGGGGGUGGCAGCAUCAUGCUGUGGGGGUGCUUUGCUGCAGGAGGGACUGGUGCACUUCACAAAAUAGAUGUCAUCAUGAGGAAGGAAAAUUAUGUGGAUAUAUUGAAGCAACAUCUCAAGACAUCAGUCAGGAAGUUAAAGCUUGGUCACAAAUGGGUCUUUCAAAUGGACAAUGGACAAUGACCCCAAUAUUCCAAAGUUGUGGCAAAAUGGCUUAAGGACAACAGUCAAGGAAUUGGAGUGGCCAUCAAUAAGCCCUGACCUCAAUCCUAUAGAAAAUGUGUGGGCAGAACUGAAAAAGCGUGUGCGAGCAAGGAGGCCUACAAACCUGCCUCAGUUACACCAGCUCUGUCAGGAGGAAUGGGCCAAAGUCACCCAAGUUAUUGUGGGAAGCUUGUGGAAGGCUACCCAAAACGUUUGACCCAAGUUUAACAAUUUAAAGGCAAUGCUGUAUGCAAACUUCUGACCCACUGGGAAUGUGAUGAAAUAAAUAAAAGCCUAAAUAAAUCAUUCUCUCUACUAUUAUUCUGACAUUUCACAUUCUUAAAAUAAAGUGGUGAUCCUAACUGAUCUAUGACAGGGAAUUUUUACUAGGAUUAAAUGUCAGGAAUUGUGAAAAACUGAGCUAAAUGUAUUUGGCUAAGGUGUAUGUAAACUUACGACUUCAACUGUAUGUACCGUAUUUAGCUGCUAUUUACAAACUUUGUAUAAAAAUUACACAGCAAAUAAUGGGCACCCCUUUUAAUGGAUCCUUGAAUAACCUUUUGAAUAACCUUUUGGGGUUAAUUUUUUAACUACUUCCCCUAUUAUUAUUAGUAGUAGUAGUAGUAGUAGUAGUAAUAAUACGCUUAACAAUAACAACAAUAACACAAUAUUUUAGUUGUCAGUAUUUAUUAGGAUUUUAGUGGCAAAGCAUAAUAAAAAUCAAAAUAUGAGGUAAACUCCCAGCAGAGCCCCAAGUCCAAUGGGAUAUCCUCUGGCAUGUUGAUGUUAAUGUGUUGAUGUUCUCCGUAUCCAUAGCCAGAAUGAUUUUGCAGUGCAUGGUGAUCGAACAGGUUUCCUAUUAUAUUCAUCAGAGGUGUAGGGAGGGUGAAGUCUGUGAAUCCCAAAAAUAGUAAUUAUACAGAUGAUUAACAAAACAUGCACACGACAGUAUUCAUACCUUGGUUUUUGAUAAUGGUUUUCAUACACAUACCUUGUCCAUAAUGUAGAGGCCUAUGGGAUCUUCAUUGAAGAGGUAAGGGAGGAGGAUGGUACAUGUGAUCUGCAUAAAAUACCAAUACCAAAUGACAUACCUUUGUAUGCCUCCUCAUCUGUAAACCUACAGACACAAAAGUGAGCAGUUCAGUCAUCUGCACCCAAUACAGCGAGCCUUCAAAAAAAUGUUUAUACCAUACAUAUUUUUUUGUCAUUUAGCAGACGCUCUUAUCCAGAGCGACUUACAGUUAGUGAGUGCAUACAUUAUUUUUAUUUUUUAAAUGUUUUCAUACUGGCACCCCGUGGGAAACGAACCCACAACCCUGGCGUUGCAAAUGCCAUGCUCUACCAACUGAGCUACAUCCCUGCCGGCCAUUCACUCACCUACCCUGGACGACGCUGGGCCAAUUGUGCACCGCCCCAUGGGUCUCCCGGUCGCGGCCGGCUACGACAGAGCUGUUGAUUGAUAUCCAUUGAAUUGUAUCCAUUUUCUGUUUUAGAAAGAUUUGCAUAAAUAUGAAAAGAUAGAUGGUAUCAUCAUGAAACAAUAUCAAUUUAGAUCAUACAAGGGACAAACCUUACCUUAAAUUGAGAUCUUGACAUUUGUCCGUUAAGUGCCUGCACCUGCUGUCCUUUCAAAUUAAAAUCCAAAUGUUUCAGUUGGGCAGUUAGGUUCCUGCAAGAACCCCCACCAACUAAUGAGGUUCCUUGAUGAAUUCCACCUCCUAUGGGGUUCUUGGAAUAACCUUUUUGGGGGCCAUUUUCAGUGCCAAGAACCCUAAGGUUCUUCGAAGAACUUUGAGGAUCUUAGAAGAACCCUUGUUGUAGGUCCAGGUUGCAGGCCCGACUGUUUUCUAUACCGAGUAUUGCCAACCCAGACUUUCCUGAGACAUUGUGCAUUAUAGUCCUAUGUCCAUUGUGCUGCACACAAUUUAAACUUAGUCUUGAAUGAUGCAUGCCAAGAUAUACCAGAGAUAAAGGACUGCUGAUAUUUGCAACCACACAACUCAAACGCCGGUUCACCAGUAUGAACGAAAUCGCAAACCGCUUUUUUUUGUUGAAGCCCUCAAGAACUGUUGUCCACUAAAUAUGAUAAUCUAUUUGCGUCUGCCAAUUUAUUGGCUGUCCAGUAUCCAGGCGACCUGUAGAGUUCAUCUCUUUCUGUAAUGUGUUGAGGCCGGCAAUUAAGGAGAAUGAGAGGCUCAAUUAAAGAUGUUGCAGAACUGCUGUAUUUGAAGCACAACUCCGUUCUGCCCAGUUUCCCUGAUGUUUCUAAGGUAAUCAAGCUGUUUUUACCAUCCAGUAACUGUCGCUUCUGCGGAGAGAUAUCGUUUUCUAAACUAAAACUAAAAAAGAACUACCUAAGAAGCAUUAGGCUCUCAUUCUGAUAUGCCUUUUGAACACCUGUAUAAGCUCCACUCAUUGCACUGGCGCCGUCGUAGCCUUGACCACGGCAUUUGUUCACCGAUAUCCCCAAUCAGUAUUUUGUUUUAUUUUUCAAGGCUUGAGGCACUUUUUCAGUCAUAUUCCUAAAGCCCAAGACACAAACACUUAGCUUCCUAAUACAUACAGUACCAGUCAAAAGUUUGGACACACCUACUCGUUCAAGGGUUUUUCUUUAUUUGUAUUAUUUUCUAUAUUGUAAAAUGAUACUGAAGACAUCAAAACUAUUAAAUAACACAUAUGGAAUCUUGUAGUAACCAAAAAAGUGUUAAACAAAUCAAAAUAUAUUUUAUAUUUGAGAUUCUUCAAAUAGCCACCCUUUGCCUUGAUGUACAACCAUCCGACCUCCAGCGCCAGCUUGUUCUUCAGAGGUGGGUACUGCCCCCUGCUGGCCCGGCUGGCACUCACAAAGAUUCAUAUGUUCAUUUACACCUUAAUUUGGUUAAGGGAAGUCACUGAGAACACCAUUUUAUUUUAUGUAUGCUAAACUCAUUGUGACAUUUAGGACAGAACAUCAGACAUUGUUUAUGCCUACAUGGAGUAGUUACACAUUUUAGGGAUGCUCCUCUUACACAGUUGUUUGAGCACAAACCUCCUUUCAGUUCUGUGCUUCCCCGGAGGCGGCCGGUGGGCUGGCCUGCUAUGAAGCUGAAGUUCCGUCGCAGCUUGAGGAAGACUGCAGGGCUGGAGAAGAACGCUGUCGUGGUCAUUGACCCCAAACAAACGUUCAUCAUCUCCGGCCGAGACCGCAGGGAGAGCUUCAUGGACGGCAAGGACAGUUUCAGUGCUGACAGGAAC